GUAACAUCAUGUAAUUUGCUCAAACCUCAGCUCCUCAGCAGUUGAGCAGAAGCUUUAUCCCAGAGCGCAACAAAGGCACGUCAGACGAAUUCUCAACGCAGACGGGAAAGAUGUCAUCUUUUUGCUCAGUAUUUCACUCACUUUUGGAGACAGCGGGUAUCUUUUCUGUUCAACAGCGGUUGAACAUUGAGUUAUCGCAAGCUUGCACAAAUUGACUGGAGCGGCCGAGGGAAGAAAUAAGUGACCGGUGGCCACCAAAGACGAAGGGAUAGGAAGAGUUAAAAAAAAGGGCCCGGAGGAAAACAAACGCGGGUUUGAUACAAAUGCCGGCGGUGCUUUCCUCACCACUCACUUUCCACAGGUUUAAUGCUCAAUUAGAGAAAAGUCGAUGGUGUACGCUGCGUAACAUCCGGACUGCGUUCAUGUCUCAUGCCUCUAGAGGGAUCAGUUACUUUUCUUCAAGGGAACUGUGAGCAGGACUGACAUUUCACAAAGAGGGAGGCAGUGGGAUAAAACUCAGUGUAUGAAACACGAACGAUGGUGAAGUUUCACAACUCAGACCUCUGGAUAGCCUGGGUGGUCAUCGUCUUCAUGGAGGGUAAGUAACGGUCAACUUGAUCACUUUUUCUUCUAUGUCACAGGGCAGCUCGUCAACAAACCGAUCACCUACUACUACGACUUCUACUGCUGCUUCUUCCAGUACCUUCACAGCGCUUACUAAGACUGUUUACAUCUUUCUGGUUCAUGUUAUCAACAACAAUUAAACAAAAAAAAAGAUAUAUAAAACAAAAAAAUAUAUAAAAUUAUUUUUAAAAUUAAGCAAAUGAAAUCCAGGCUAUUUGGACAACAUUAAAAAUGGCUUAUGAUUUUUUAAAAUAUUUUUAUCACGUGUACUAAUCAUUUACAAUCCAUCCGCAUCAAUUCUGCAAAAACAGAUGUAUCUGGAAUUAAAGUGUGCGACGGGUUCAAUCUUUCCUGUCAAAGACACCCCCCCCCCCCACACACACACACACACACACACACAUACACACAUACACACACAACGUAAUGCUGUAUGUUCGGAUCAAGCUGACAAAUCCCCGAUAUUACCACAAAAGCUAAAGCACUGAUUUAGGAUGACUUUUCCCCAUAAGUCGCCAUGUCAGCUCACCCUAAAAGCACCUCGCCCUGACACUCUAUGUUUCCUGAUGUAUACUUGAAUUUGUCUACAGAAGGCUCAAAAUGACAGCUUUAUGAUAAAAAGAGUCUCCAUGACAUACAUCUAAAAGUAGCAUUGGCAGUGGCAGAGUCAGUGUUUUGGAUAUAAUAGGAUUCUGAUUCUGAUUCUGAAGGAGGAAAGUUUACUUCUGUACCAAUGAACAUCAUGAUGAUGGGACGGUAAAGAAAAAAUCCCAAUAUACUCCCAUCAUACUCUUCUGAUGAACUGCAUGUGUGACAGUUAUACAAACUUCACUAAGUAGGACACCAGAGUAGAGUUUUGUAAAUAGUAAUUUAACAGUCGCCUAUUGCUAGAAGAAGUGCAUGUAGGUCAAGUAAACCACAAAAAAAAAGAUCCGCACAUUUCAUUUUGAGUUUCUCCCACAAGUUUAUCCAGGAUUAAAAAAAAAACAAUCAGCCAAUACAAUGAGUUAAAACAGAGGUCUGCUAUGCUGAAAACUGAGCACAACACUCAGCCAAUGAAGCUCAGCUGUUCUAUUAAAUGGCCCUAUUCAGAGAGAACUGCAUUUGCUGGACAGUUUUCCUCACUCUCCCUUUGCAUCCUGGUUGGUAGCUGCCAGUAUUUCUAUAAAUAAAUUUGAAUGCAGCAAAUUCAGUAUCUGUUGUGGAUGCUUGUUUUCCAGUGUGACCUGACCGUGACAUUUUUGUUUGUGAGACUUGUUACUGAUUUGAUCUGUUAAGUGUGUUAUCAGAUACUGGAUUGUUUGGGGUAUUACUUUUUGAGAUCUAAAUAGUUUGAUUUGUUUCUCUUACUUCGCAGAAUAUACCAGGAUAAAAGAAUGCGUCUCUGUGAGAAUACAAUGAGCUUGCAGAAUGUGUUUCUAUCCAGGCUAGACUUCAAAAGAAGUGAAAGGAGUCAAGUUUAGAGAGUCGGAAAAACAAAAUUCAUCAGCAUUUAUGAAAGGAGGCAGUAAGAUAAGAGACGAGCUCAGGCAUCAGCCAUCUACCCAUAAAUUUUGCAUCUGUCCUUCAAGAAUAAGAUAAAAACAUCUCAUGGCAGCACAGUGAAGAAAAACUGGGUAGUUUAAAUGUUCAAUGCCAGAAAACUUCUGAUUAAGUUUGUCAAAGUUAGAUAAAAAAAAUUUAAAAAAGAAACGGCAAAGGCCUCUUGCUGAUAAACCGAUUGGCUCAGUUGUUGUCACAACACAUCCCCCCAGGCAACAGCAACAGCAACACAGAAAUGCUCUGUCCAUGAUGCCCCAACUUAACGAUUCACCCAGAACAACCCUCAGGGGUGUUGCAGAGACCAGUCUGGAAGUCGAGUUAAUACAGCAAUUUCAUCUCAAGAGGAGAUAGUAACUCUGAAACUUCCUGUUAAUUCUGUUUUUGUUUUGUUCUUUUUUCAUUUUCAAUAUGAACAGUGCAAUUUCAACUAACUGAAAUGUCUGGAUUAGACUCAAGGCUUCUCUCGUGUUGUAAAUUUGAAAUGAAAGAUCAAGAUUGGAUUAGGAGUGCUGAGGCAUAAAAAACAAAGAAAUAAAAAGCAGCGCGUCUCUCAUUGAAAGGGGCUCAUGUUUGCAUCAAAAGCUGUAUUUAGAUCAGUUCUCGGCGAAACUUCCUCUGAGGGCUUGUUGCUCUGCACCAAGUAACAAAGUUACACUACAAAGAUGGCCAUUUUGGUAUUCAUACUGUCUCACUCUCUCAGUUUAAAGUCCUCGCAUGAGUCAUUUUACAUCCAAAUGUCAAGAAAUUGGAUUUAAUUUGAUGAAAAACUUUUAUAAAACAGAUGCAGUAGCUAUCAAAUAACAGACAGAUCAAGAAUUAAUCUAUGAUUAACCCACUGAGCCAUGUUUAUAUAAAUGCCUGUUGAUUUUUAUAGAUGUUUGGUUCUCAUAUACUCGCCAGACAAAAAAAAAAAAAAAGUAGAACGAAAGAGAGCCGAGACAAACUUGAAAAGAACAAUUUGGUCCUGAUUUUUUUUAGUCACAGAUGAUUUUAUGUUUUUUACAAAGACGUAUUUCAGCCUCAGUCCUAGGUUGAACAUGCCCCUCGGCCCUAAUUCCAAUUGAUGCAGAAUGCUCACAAUAAAAAAAAACUUGUCUGUGUCAGUUGUAUCUGAUAGGUUUUGCCCCCAUCCCCCUUUUCCGCCUGCUGCUAAAAAGGAGCAGCUGGAACAAGAGUGUUGGACAGAUGGAACUUUCCACCUCGAUUAUUUUUCUCUCUAAAAAUAGCAUCUCAAAAAAUUAAAAGACCUCUGGGAUUGCUUAGAAAGUGCAUGUGUGUGCAUGCAUUUGCCCGUGUAUGGAUGAUCAACACAGACUCAGAGUAUUUCAGAUGAUGGGAUCCUCAGAUGAUGCUAGCAACCAUCUCGGGAUUGUAAAUGAAUAAAUGAUGAGCAGAUAUUUGGAGAAGAACAAGUGCAGCAUUCCCCUGAUCCUAAAGUCUCAGUGACACACACCGGAACAAGGUCCCACAGAACCCACAGCCUGCUUUGCUGUUUGCCAAACAUCAGGGGCGAACGUCUGAUGUGGUCAGCUCACAGAGUUGUGGGGGUUCGGGGCCCUGCGGUUUUGGCAUUGGUUAUACCUCAAAAUCAAAGUGGCAAGUGAGGCAAUCAUCAGUAAAUCAUAAGCUUAAAAUCUGAUGAAUUUUUAAAACUUCUUUUGGGUUUGAUUAAUGGGGAUUACACCUCUUUAUUUAUUUAUCUAUUCCUACUUCUGGUAUCAACAAGACUCAGAGACAAAUUACGGGACUUUCCUGUGGCAUGACUGUGCAUUAAAGGAAGACACUGUCAUUACCUUUUAUGCACUCUUAUGUUUUGAUUUCAGACGCAAAAACCUUUUUGUAUGAAAGGUGCUGCUAUUAUCUAUAUUUCAUUACUUCUUCUUCCCAGCACACAUGAUCCAUAAGGAGGAUUAAUUGCAAUUGCAUCAAUUUCAUUGUUGACUGAAUGAAUGAGGUUACAGUGGUGAAAAGCAGAGGUGGCAAAUGGCAAAUAAUUCAACACAGUCUGACUUCAAACAUUACAUCAAGAUUGAGAUAUCCUAAAAAGACAUAGCAGGACCACAAAACAUAAGUCAGUCAGCAUUCAUUAAGUGUACGACAGUAUCUUAGUUGGUAACAUACAGUGACAGAUUGCACCAUUUGGAUGAAUCCAUUAUUCCUGUAGACUGUGCGUGUAAAAAGCCUUGGGCCUUGGGCUUAUGCAUAUUUCAGGAGGAUGUCUUCCACAUAUCAAGGCACCCUAAAGAUCCUCCUCUUGAAAUGAAUAGUUUUGCUUCGCCGGCACUUAAGAUUUUACAGGGCCUCAGCCCCCAGGACUACCACAUCAGUUACCCGAGAGGUAUUAAAAGCAUGUUGAUUUAGUUUUAGUGUGGAUUUUUAGCAGUCUUGGUGAGAGUCACUCAAAGAACAUUUUUGCAGAUAUUUACCCUGAAUAUCUGACUUUCAAAAAGUGUUUAACAUGCAGAGGAAAGACAGUAUACGCCAUAUUCAUCUGUCUUAUAAAAAACAUAAAUGAAGCUCAGUGUCAGCAGUUGUUCCAGAAUCUCAUCAUCAACAAUGAAUACAAAAAACAUUUCUUUGAAAUAAACUCAAGGUAGAUAAUAAAUGUGUCAGAAUUGUGGAAACUACAGUCAAAAUCAGUUUCUUUACAGAAAAUUGCACUGAAGUACAGUUAGAAUAAUGUCCCUAAAACUGUCCAGUUUAGUUUGAAAUCAAAUCCAUGUAAUGACAGGAAAUAAAACACAUUCAUCUAGAGUCAGAAGACUUAUCAGAUUCGUUCCUUCCUUUAUUAAAUACUUUAAUUGAUUUUGUUUAAUGUUACUUCCAAAAACAACAAUAAAUUACGACUUUGUGACAAUAUAUAAAAGCCCUCUAACAAAGAAACGCAUUUUCUUCUAUUUUGAAUGAUAUUGAGGUUUUGAUCAGUGUCUGCUAGACUGUAGGUUUAUGGAGCUGAAAUCAAUGGUGAAUAAAAUUCACUUUUCCCUUGGGUGUGUUCUAACAGACACAGAGUGUGUGUGUGUGUGUUUGUUAAGGUCUGAGUGUGAGGGAAGUAAAUUACAGUUGAUCCCAGAGGAUCAAGAUUUACCCUGGAUUGUAAUGACCUCAACAGUUUGAUCAACCAAUCACAAAUCUACAUGUUUUGGACAGCCAGAAUGUCUUCUUGAUUUAUUUAUUGUAUUUACAUUUUCCAGUAAGCUUGGUAUUAGGUGGUGAGAAACUCAUUUACCUCCAUGAAGCUAUUAAUCGUGGUGGUUAUAGCUCUAGCGUUCCUCCAAUCAGACUAAUAAGCCAGGUUGGUUUGGGUCAGUUUUCCUGAAACAAAUGAUAAAGCCGAGACUAAAAAUAGAUAUUUCAGCUGUUCCCCCUGGAGUCCCGUGGCUUUGCAUCACUAAUUUGAAAUUGAUUACCAAUUGAUUCACACUGGAACUGAAAGACCUUACAGCACUUAAUAAACACAGUGGCCAAACCAGCUGGUGUAACACUGAGAGAUGUCACGAAUUCUCCUGCUUUGAGUGCGUUCCCCUUCUGUAAAGUGUCUCGACCAGAUAAUUUGGAAGGGACUCCUUUUUGUUAAUCACACACAGCUGCACAGCAGGUCAUCUGUGCUUUCUGUAAUGUUCGGAGCCUAACUGUCAUGGACAACUUGAUAUUUUGAGUUUUUAGUGUGAAUGAGAGUCAAAAGUCUUACGUUGUGUUCGUACAAAAGUGUAAAUAAAAUAGUUUACUUGCUCAGUUUCGGCGUACGUGAACCCACAAAGUUGUAUGUUUUCUCGCUAGAUUCGUGUGUUUAUGUCACGUCUGCAGAGUGCCCUAACACAUGUGUGAUUGCAAGAGGAGAGAGAGAGAGGAGGGGUUCCUACAUAUCAGGUCUCUAAGUUGGCUGUUAAUGGCAGCGCGAACAUUCGCUUGAGUUCAGAUUUUUCAACUCUCAAAAAUAAGCGUUUAAAGUUAGUGGAUAUCAUAGGAUGGGUCUGGAAUUCAUGCAAAAGGAUACGCAAAUUUUCCCCUCAAUUCAUGUAUUUGUGCUGCCUCAUAGGUGUCACCCGAGUAGAACACGUGUCACGUGUAAGUCACUUGUGAAUGAUUUUAUUCAUGUUUGGUGUGAAUUCACCAUUAGAGGUGAGGUAGUUUUAAAAUGAUAUAUUGAUAAAUCAGCAUUUAAAAGCUGCCUUCUGGUCUUUUUUGUUUUCAUUUCAAAUCAAAUUUCAUUCUUACAGCACCACACUAUUCAAUGAAAUAUCAAAUUUUUACUGUUUAAGUAACAAUAUUAAGUGUAAAUCUAGUGUAAAGUACAAUAACCGUUGCACAUUUUGACAUAACAAAUUAAAGGCUUUUAUCCUUCAAGUAAUGUGGUCUGGUUGAGCUGACAAAAAGCUCCAAACAUCUGCUUGAAAUCCUUAAAUCCACAGUGGCUCAAGGAAUUUAAAUGCAGUAUACUGCGAAAAAGGGAGAAAAGAGGAGAACAAAGUGAAAAUGGGGACAUAUUCUCCUGCAUAAAACAUGCCCAGAGCUUUUCACUGCCAUAGGUAAUUCAUAAACUAGCUGUUCAGAUGAAACGCUGUAUUAUUUGUGCUUUUCCCCCUAUAAUGUUGUUCUGUGCCUCCACUCUCCUAAUCUAUUUACUAUCACAUUCCUAAAAGCAGCAAAGUGACAAAGACAGGUUAAAGUAGGUUUCUGGCUGUACAUUACCUUUGAUUACUAAAUCACAAUCACAACUGUUUCACUAUUUAAUGAAAAAUAUUUUUAAAUUCUGAAAACAUACAUUUACCUCGUGAUUUGAAACUUUGCAUGCAUCUGGUACGAACACCAAACACUUUAACUUUGCAAGUUUUGUUGUAAAUGUGGAAAAGUGUUAUACCACUACUUUAAAGAGGUACCAGAAAGGGAGUAUAGGGUAUGAAAAAAAUGCACAAUACCCCCUCUUUUAGGACCCACUGUCUGUUAUUCUUAUGAUGCUGAUCUGUAUUUUAAUACAAACAUAUAAUGUAACAGCAUUGGAUGAAGCUGUAGCAAAGUUCUAAUAACAUGAGAUACAGGGAUGGCAGUGCAAGCACCCAGAUUAUUUUCCAGGUUUUCUUUACAGCUUGUUCAGAGACAUGGCCGCGACCUGACAUCAGGUUGUGCUGCCCUAUUAGGGCAAGCUUUGUCAAAGAAAUGCCCACCCUGAAACUGGAAGGUAAGUUUCCUUGCUCUUUUAACUCCAUCCUGCCCUCUGUGGAUUCAGAUUGCCUUGGAAAGUAGCUCACCAGUUUUUUUUAGGUUGUGUUCAACAGUCACAGCUAGAUGAAGACAUCUAGAAACAGAAGGAAGUUUUUUUUUAUCUUUACAUAGCAGAACAGUCACAUUUAUGCUAUUUCUGCCUACUACUUCACUGAUGACUCUCUUAUAAGUAAAGGUCAGUGUGAGCUGGAGCGGCAACUCAGCUGCUACUGAAAUGUGGGGCUGUCCCACCCAUUAAGACCUUCCAUAAAAGAUGGAAACCACAAGCUGCAAGUAACAUUACAACAACAGCUAAUGUUACUUGCAGCUAAUGUAUGCGAACGGGGUGAAUAGAGAGAAGGGGAUGCUAACAGCGGUUCUCAGACGUUUUCUGAUUAGGGAUGGGAAUUGAUAAGAUUUUAUCGAUAUCGAUGCCAUUAUCAAUUCUUCUUAUUGAUUCAAUUCUUAAGCGAUUCCCUUACCAAUGCCUUUCUUUGAUUUAAAAAAAGUAGACUAGGUUUCCAAUAAUUUCACCAAUAAUUUAAAAUUCUAUUGAGUCUACAAUAACAGAAAAAGAUGUAUACCACCUUCAGUGAGAUUCUAAGAAUAAUCAAACGACAAACUAUUUGUACAGCAUUUACUUUGGUCGGUACUAAGUCAAAUACAUAAUAAACAUAAACACAGGACAAAAGUACCUUCCACGCCAUGCUGAGAUGGAGCAGCAGCAGCUGACAACCGGCAGAGAAGAUCAAAUACAUGUGACUCCUUAUAUUUGGUGCUGUGCCCCGUUUAAGCAUGUUGCUGGUGUUUCCACCUUUGCAUGUUAUUACUGCUCGACAAACGUUGCACGUUUGUGCUGUUGUCGUCUUUCUUAGUAAAAUGAAGCCACGCUUUAGAUCGCUUCUGCCUACCUUUCGUACUAUCUGCCAUAUAUGUUUCCUUCAAAGUCUCUGUUCUUGUUUGCAUAGACUGGCUCUCGUGAGACAGUUUUUCAAGGCACCUGGAAGAAAGGAAUCGUUAAGGGAAUCUUACAGAUAAAUUGUAAACGAUGUUGAUGGAUUGAACCAUUUGGAACCAGUUCUUAACAGGAACCGGUUCUCGAUUCCCGUCCUUAUUUCUGAAAGCAUAAGUUUCAGGUCUUUUCAUGACUACAAAACUGAGUAAAAAAACAAUAGUCACAAGCUGUGCCUGUCUCUGUUUUAGUGGAAAAGCAGCUCAAUCAAAGCCUUUUAGGUCAAGGUUAAAUAGAGCUGUGAUGAGGGUUUUCAACAAGGAGAUAAACAAGAAGUAUUUUGAGUUGGAAAUCAUGAAGAGCAAGUCUUCAGGUGUCUCAGAUUGACAUAAAGAAAGUUUGAAAUGAAUAUGAUAAAAAUGAUGAAACAAAUGAUGGUCAAAACUAAUUAUUAUACAGUCUGGGUUUAUAAUGAACUGAUUCUUCACUUUAAAAAAUUAACAGUUGAAAACACGAGUUUUGAAUGAAGCCUUUUGAAACUUGUGGCACACUGACCUUUUCACAAAAAUCUUGUUUAAACCGCUGUAGCAACAUGAGAUGCCCUUUCUGGAGUUAUAAAAGAAUUCUUGGUUCUUUAUAAGUCAAAAUUCACUACUCUAAAAUCUUAACCUAAAUAAUGACUCCUAUAAUUCUCUUUAUUCUCCACGUAACUUUGGGGUACUUCUAAUUCUGUGCUAGUAUAUUACUAGUUGUCAGAUUUUUAUGUACUUUGAGGUUUUUCAUUUUCCAGUCCACCUUUCUUUCCCACACUCUCAAUUUUUCUCCCUUUUUGCAUCUUUCUCUGUGUCCUCCCACACACUUUAGAGACGUAUUAGUUUUUAGAAAGAAAUUGAAAAGGGGUCCAAACUUGUUCUAUUCUUGCUUACAACAAAUGAGCAUGUCAAAUAUGAUGAAUGUGGACAGCAGGAAGAAAUGCAUGGUAAGGCAGAGAGAGAGAGAGAGACUAAGAUGGAGACAGAGACAGAGACAGAACAACAGAGAGAGAGAAAGAGAAGAGAAGAGAGGAAGUCAGAGUAACAAGCAGGGAUCAUAUCUGUACGUUUUUAGACUAUACCCUAGAACUGACCUGGGCAUUUUACAGCCCGAUAGACAAGUUUAAACAUCGGCAAAAUAUACGUAGACGCCUUAUAGUUGCUCAGUCCGCUUAUUAUAAACGACUUUAGGCUUGUUUCUCUCAGAAGUCGCUUUUGAAACUUGUGAGUUGCGGCUGCGCUUUUUGGGCUUGUUUUUAACUAGUAGUUGCUUACUUGGGCUUGCUAUUCUAUAUGUGUGAACCUCCCUGAAUUGAAGUUGAAGUUAUUGUUGGUUCGGCCCUCCAACACAGUUCAGGUUUCUCAUGUGGCCCCAUGUAACAAUUAAUUGCCCACCCCUGCCCUAGAACAUUGUGUCUGUUGAAUCCAAUGGAAGCUGCUGAGGCACAGCUGGAACUUAGACAAACUUUGGAAACACAUGUUUAUGAUUCAUUCAUGCACAUAGCCCUCUAAGAUGCCCUUAACCAAGAAAUGUCUUUAAGGAAAUUGUGUAAAAAAAUUGUCUUUGCCUGUCAUGAUUAGUUCAGCUAGUAACUUCACAUCAAAAAAACUGCAGAAUUUGAAAUUGAUAGGAAAAUCCACUCCUGUCCUCCUCUUAGGCUGCUGGACCAUGUAUGGUUCGCUAAGAGGUGAUUUGUGAAUAUGGAACAAUGUGUAAAAUAUUGAGCCAAAGCCUGAAUCGUCUAUUAAAAUAAGCUUUAAAACAGAUUAUGUCUGUCAUUUGGUUUGUGACCCUGAUUUAUAGAUUAUGGAUAGCUUUGAUUUGGUCAGUUCAGUGACACACCAGCAAGACCUCACGUGGACACUGAUGCAAAAGCUUGCUUGUGGAGACUCCAAUACGCCAGGCUCAAUUGCAUUUUAAACCACUUGAAGUGCUGUUGUUACCCAUCUAUUUUCAUGUCUUUUCCUACAUUAUUGACACUUGCAAGGUGUAGUGUGUGUUCAUACAGUUGUAGCCAAUGUUUUUUUCUGCCUUCAGUUCAAAUUAGCAUGUAUGCAAGAACAUAUACUCAUAUAUCAUACACAAAUGCAAACAGCUUAACAAAUUCAGGUGGUCUCAUGAAACAAUUUUUGGAAUUGGAGAAGAAGUGUGAACUUGGACUUCAAAUCCUUUCAAAAUGAAAUAAAAUGAAUUUAAAACUGAGAUCAAAAAUGCAAUGAAUCCUACUUAACUAGUGAAUUUAAGUAACUAAUCUCAAUAAGAAAGUGACAGAAAGUGAAACUUUAAACUGUAAUAAAAAGACACUUAGUAGAGUUUCUGAUGAGUAUCAACUUUUAUGAGUAACAAAUCUGAUUCUAAAUGAAAUGAUUUAAUUACUGGGAUUAAUGUAGACCAGGAAUUUAAUGUAGAUUGACAUAGUGAAAAGUUUUGGACAAAAGUGUAUAGACAGCAAUGUGGUUGCUGUCCACACAAAUAGAGUCUCCUGUGGUUGUUGCCACAUGCUCUCAUACAUACACAAUGACAAAAACACAUUCUAGGAAAUACUAUUUAACAUAACAUUCAACAACCCCAAUAUUAAGCAUCUUGUCAACUAACAAAGAGACCAAAAGUCUUUUCUCCUGGUGCGCAAUCCGAACAUAAAUUACAGAAAAGUUUAAUUACAGUUCCCUUUCAUUGCUGUGUCACAUCAGUGGAUGACUGAUAUUAAAGAACUACACUAUAUUAUUGAAUUAUGGAUUGAAAAGAAAGGCGGGGUUUCCAGGUUGACCUUGAUUCUCUGAAAAUUCCACUACCAUUACCUUUGUUAGACGACUGACCAAUCAUUUAUGCUGCCCAGGUUGCCCAGUCUUCCCCUGUGAUUGCCCCUCAGCAUUUUCAGAGCACUUACCUCCAUAUGCUCAAUGAAAUGCAACGGGGGCAGUGUUGUGAGAUUCAACACUCAGUUUUUAGAGAACCAGGGUAGCCCCGAUAACCAAACAUUCUCUUUAAAACCUCAUUUGGUAUCUUGUUAUGAAGAAAAUGGCCUACUCCGAUGAUAGAUGCCCCUACACCCACAAUCUAGGAAGGACAACACCACAAAAUCAACUCUAAAGACAGGGUGUGCAAUGAUAUGCUCAAAGACAAAAAAAAGAAACAAAAAACAAAACAAAAAAACUAACCAACAUGAUUUUCUCAAGCUGGAGUUUGUCGGCCUGAGACAUAGUAAGUCAGUAAGUAAAGUUUAUUUAUAGAGUGCUUGACACAGAUAAAAAUCACAAAGCGCUAUAGAUAAAAAAGUGCAAUUAGAAAAACAUAAAACGGUACAAAAAAAGAUAAGUACAUAUACAUGUAUAAAUACGAAUACAGUACAGUGUAUAUGGAAAUGAGUGCAGAUAUAAAAGAUAAGUAAAAGAGAUGGCUUUGGUUAUACUUGGCUUACUCUAUUGUGUAAAAGUAGUAAUUUCACAAUCUUUCCCUUCUCCUCAUAAGCAGAGGUCUUGGUUUCUCUCAGUCCCUGUCUGUCUGUCUACCCAGCUAAGGAUUUGUGAAUCUUUUUUUUUUUUUUACAGUUCAUUUGCACUGCAUAUUUUGUUAAAAGCAUGUUGGAGGCUCAAGUGGGCAUACUUAUUUUUAGCUCCCCUUAUCUGGCAUGUCAGUCAAAUCACAGGUGCACCUCUUAACACUUAAAGGUGUUUUAAUUUAGUUAGAAACCUCACACUUCAUAGUUAAUUUAGCGGUGCUGUAAAACUAUUUGAAAGAGAAGGGAUUCAGAUUUCAGUUUUGGAGUGUUUAUUUAGUGUAUUUUGAUGCUUCUUCUAUAGCUGUGUCUCUGAUAUGAUCUCUCUCUUUAAAACCAAUGCUUUUCUCAAAGUUGUUGUUUUGUAAUGUGAAUAUCUUUUAUUAAUAUGUCUGCAUGUAUUCUUGUGACCCAACCCUCCUCCCCUGGCCCACCCCCAUAAUAGAAGGCCUGUAUACUCAGCCUUAAAGCUUUGUUUGGGCCUAAAUGCUAAAUGCCAGCCUAUCUCUGCCAGGCGUCUACUUAGUGCUGGUCUCUUUGGUGAUGAGACCAGCAAUCAGGUCGCUCUGCACAAGACACCGAAGUGUUUGUUACUGUGUGUGCAAGUUUGAGUGACUAUGUUUGUGUGUCAGUUCAUACAAGAAGACCCCCGCCCCCCCUUUCCCCCCAUGAACUGUAGUUAAAGAAGAGAAGGAGAGAAGGAAAGGCACAAAUUGGCACAUGUAUUUUCUGGCUCAUUAUCAUGUGAAUGCAUUAUAUUUCCUGCAGACUUGCCACAGCUAAACAAGGGGGCCUCUGUUCUCCCUGCCAAGGCCCACAGCCGCAGGGCCCUAAUGCGGGGCUGUUUUGCACUGGCACAAUUCAUGAAGAGUUUAGUUCUACAGACACUGUUGUUGGCCUUAUAUCGAGUCACUUUGUCAAGGAUAUAAGCAGCCUAUCUGUUGGAAUGAGGCUGAACAUUUUCUUUCAGAAACAUUACAUUUCUGAUGGAAACAUUGUAAUGGAUAGGGUUAAGAAAAUUGUGUUUUUCUGAAAUAUUUUUUACUUGGGAUGAAUCGAUCUAUCGGCUGGCCGAUUAAAUCGUGUGUUUUAGAUUUUAGUAUCAAAUCAUGAGUCUAGAUAUGCCUCAACUUUUUUAUUUUAACCCAGAUACUUGUUGAAUUGUAUUUUUUUUUUCUCAGCAGUUUCAGGUUGCUGGACAGAAAUCCAAAAAAUCUUGUGAAAGUAAAAAUACCAGUAUUUUUCCAUUUAUAUCAAUUUGACUCUGUAUUUACUAAUUUAUUUCUUAAUUUUUUGUAUUGUUUUUGUUAUUAUUGCUGGGUUAAAUGCAAAAAAAAGAGACAAACAAAUAACAAAAAAGACAACAUUAUGUGAUAUAAGCAUUAUAUAUUGGCCUUCAGCCAACCUGCUUUGUGAUAAACGGUAUUGGCAUCAGCCAUUGAAAAAGUGUAAUUGGUCAACCUCUUAUUUCUACAUAAAAGCACUAAGACUAUCUAAUUUAAUAAAAAAGUGAACUUGUUAAAACUUGCUGAAAUAUCAGUCACUGUCAUAGAGAGGUUUACCUUUAUUGCCAAAUUAGUACAUCAAAGCGUCCAUUUCUGAAUCUUGCACAAGGUGUGGUGACAGCAAAGUAAUCUCUUUCUGGGAAAGGCAAUGUUCCAAAGGCAGGUCAGAUAGUCUCCACAAUCUGUUUGUUUCACCCAGGUGUUGCACAUGCUGACAAGUGAGAUGUCUCCAGGCAGGGCUACAGACUAGUGUAGCACCCAGAUUCUACUAGUGCAGAGUCAGGGUGUUGUGGCUCGUGCGGGUUGUUAUUUAGCAUUGUCUUCCUGAAAUAUGCAAGACCCCCUCUGAUAAGGUAUUGAAUGGACUGGACUGCAUAAUCAGAAUCAGAAUACUUUAUAAUUUACUAGUGAUUUUUUAAUGAUUUAAAUUCUAUUGCUUGGAAAAACCCGUGCAUGUUGUUCAGCAUUAAUGCUGUCUUCCCAGAUGUAUAUUUCACAAGCACUUUCCCAUACCACAGUCGCUGACUUAGAGGAUGCAGUGUCCAGGGUUUCCAAAAAGAAUGUCACUCCAAUAAAAUAGGUUGUCAGACUACAGGGCACUUUUCCGCUUUGCCUCAGUACAUCUUCAAUGGGCUUGGACCCAGAGCAUUUGCAUUUGCAGGUAGUUGUAGAUCAUGCUUAUUUGCUUAUCAUGUUUAUUGAAUUUCCCUUUGGGGAUCAAUAAAGUUCUUCUUAUCGUACCUUAUAUUCGCUUCCCUCUUUGCAUAUUAAAGUUUUAACCUGUAUCUGUAGAUAUGGCACAGGCAGUGGUUCUUGUAAGUAAAUUUAAGCUCAUGUGGUGAUUUCCAAUUCAGAGUCAUAUCUGUUUUUAAUGUAGUGCGUCCUGAGGGCACGAAAAAUCAGGUGCUCUCUAUCUCUUAAUGGUAAAGUGUACUGUAGAUGAUGAAUUUUAUGCUGAGGAACAUUAUUCUAAGAUCUUUUAACUAUUUGCAUAAAUGCAGUUUCACAGAGUGGUUGACUUUGUCCCAUUUCUGCUACUGCGAGACUCAGUCUUUUUGGAUCGCUUAUUCUACACCAGAUCAUGCGACUAACCUUUUACGAUUAAUUUAAUUAUUUGAUAAGAUAUAAGUGGUUAACUCAUCACAGUUUUUCAAGAGCCCAUCCUGAUUCUAUUCUUUUGUCCGUUGAAAAAUGAAGAACAGAAAAAUGUUUGCUGAAAGAUAAAUGUUUUCUUAGUUUUACUGUCAGAAAAAAAAUACUUACAAUACUUAUAAUUAUAAAUUUACUUUGACUGAAAAUGUGCUAGAUCAAGUCAAACCUCAUUAUAGAUAUUUUUUUUCUUAAAUUGAAUACUUGUCAGGAAGGCUGGGACUCAAGGAUUAAAUUGGCUAGGAUUUUGAUCACACCUAUAGGACCAAUAGUACUCUACAAUGGUGUCUUUACUCUGGGACCAGGUUUCUAGCUGCUGUUCAGGGAAUUGAUUCAGCCAAGAGUGAGUAAUUUUUUAAUGUACAUGGUGUAGAGGUUACUAGCCCCGGGGCAUGAUCCAUCUGAUCUCUGUGGGACCAAUUUAAAAGCCAGAACAGCUCUGGCGCCAUGAGUGUUAUUUAUGUGUUUUAGGAUGCUCUGAAAUUGAUGUGCCGUAAAUUGAAUACCUGAAUGUGGUUUUGAUAACCAAAGCUUUGUAGUCGCUUUAUUAUGCAUCAUUUAAGAGGAAUAAACACUCAGUAACAGUAUCAGCAUGAUGGUAGAUAUUUAAGAAAUAAUGAAUUAGACUUCCUAAGGAUAAAUUGUUCAUUAAUUGCUCAGUGGUUGAUGUUUAAUUGCAUUCCCUCUCUAGACAUCUGACCGAUGAAGACAUUUGAAACUUUAUGUUAAAAUUCACCUUUGUGAACAUACAUUCAUCUUAUUGUCAAGUGCCAUACCAAAUCACUAAUCAAUAGUUCUUUCACACAUUUUAAUUCGCUAAAUGCCUUUGAAACAUUUGACUGAGUUUGACACGUGGAAGGAACAAAAGGUUCUAUGUAGUGCUUAUCAACUGUUAAAAUGGAUAUCGACUCUACCACUUUGCUUUGAAAAAAGUUAACUGUAAAAUAAGUAUUAAAAUUGAUAGACCAAAAAAAAUAUAUCACUUGCAAACUCACUUUUGCCAAAAAAUCAGUUCAGAUCUGCAGUACAUAAAACAACCCUUAACUACAUGAUUUUUUUUUAGUUUAAAAUUUUGUUCAAAAAAUGAUCCAAGACAUAUCUACAAGUGAGUUUGAGAGACACUUGAUUUUAUGUUAGGGAUUAUAUAUACUGUACCUACACCUGCUACUUUAUAAAGAAACAGGUCAUUAUUGAGGAGUGGAAUCCUGACGCGGUAAGAAGGACCCCAACCAAGGCAGGGCUUUGUUUCUCACCCUGAAGAGCUACUGUCUGAAGAUAAACUGAUCAUUUAAUAGCAAAUAUUGAUUAAGAGGUGGUUUUAUUGGUGCUCGCAGAUAUUUCCAGGAUUUCCUCCAGUUUUUUUUUUUAAACUGUGGAGGAGGGCUCUUAUCUGCCUCCCUCACUGUAAUGUGAAAAGUAAGCUGCAAGCAGCACUGAGUGGGCCUUCGCACCUUCACACACAGCAGAGUGUGAUACAUGUCAGGGUUGGGCAAAUGUUGUGUUGUGGAGCAGUCAGUUUGUUUCUGCUGUGGUCUUUUCAUAAAAAAGGAGUAAUCAAAAUUCUGAAGCAGUGUGUUUUGAGCUUUGUCUAGCCCUGCACUCCAGGGGUCUCAAAUAUUUUUCCUGUUAUCAAACCAAUAUUUUUGGAUCUGCCAUGCCAAGAUUUGUUAAUACAGUCGAGAGGAGGAAAGGCAGAGGAGCUUCAUGUGAGGACAUAACUGAUUAACUAGCUUGGAUACAGCAGUGAUUCAGAUUUUAUUGAAACUUUAUAAGCGAAAGAGGAUCAAAUAAAACUGAAAAAUCAACCUUUAAAGGAACGCCAAAGAAUGUCUUAAAACAGAUGAUUAAUAGGCUUCUAAACAGUUUGUAUAUGAUGAACUAGGAUAGAGAAAAAUGUUUGAAAUACAAUUUGAGAAAAUAUUCAGCACAAUGUUCAUCGUAUCAAAAGUCUUCUUUCCUCUUAUAGAGUUUCUGGACUCAGGCUAAAUGCAGUAAUAGCACAAAGCUGUUUUCAAACAGGGAUAACAAUGUAUGAAGCUUCCUGUUAUGUGGCACACAAGUCAAUGAGUUAUGUGGACAAGCUUAAGAUCAUUCUUAGUAGCUUGUAGUUAUAAAGAAAAAAUGAGCUGAGUGGAUUUUCAAUGUCAAAGAAACUAACACAAGUGUUACUAAUGACAGUGGCGAGAAAAGAAUGUUAUUUGGCUUUCAUACUAUAAACACCUGCUAUUGCCUCCCCUUUGGCUUUUUUUCGGAUGCAAAUGAAUAUUUCUCAUCGAUGAGAUCUCUUCUACCCGAAAAAAAAGAUAAGAUGGUUUAGAUUAUCUCCUAAGGAACAGUUUAUUCUAGAACAGUGGUUCUCAAGUCUAGUCCUCGAGGCCCACUGUCCUGCAUGAUUUGGAUGUUUCCCUGCUCCAACACACCUGAUUCAAAUGAUCAGCUCGUUAUUAAGCCAUUACAGAGCUUGAUAACGAGCCGAUCAUUUGAAUCAGGUGUGUUGGAGCAGGGAAACAUCCAAAACAUGCAGGACAGUGGGCCUCGAGGACUGGACUUGAGAACCACUGUUCUAGAAGAACUUUUAAAAUGAGCCUAUUUUAAGCAAAAAUCAAAUAUUUAUGUUUAAAACCCCCAAAAUGUCAUUUUUUUAGCCAGGCCUGAGGCACAUGCAAACUUUCAUGAGUUUUAAUUUUUGUAAAGGCCCUCAUAACUGUAACAAAAGACACAUGAUAACCAGAAUAUUAAACUGAAUAGGUAUUCCAAUUGGGGCCUUACACCCUCUUGGUGCCCAGGCCCCUAAUUAAACACAGAAUAAUGAAGGGUCCAAACUAAUACCUACAAAGUGAAGGCAAUUUUUCUGUCCAGCAAAUAAAUGUCAGAGGUCAUAUAUAUGGUAAAUAUUUUCAUUGAAUUGUUGAGUUUUUACCAUGUUUUGUGUAGCUUCAGUUUCUGUAUUGCUCCUGUGAUAUCUGCAUGUCUCUACAGAGGCAGGCUUACACACACACAGAUAUUCACACACACAAACACACACAGGAACGCUGAGCUCUAAAGUUUGACGUCAGCUACCCUGCUGAAACUGGGUUCUUGGGAGCAAGGCUCUAUGACAAGAAUACUAAGUAGAGCCCCAUUCUAGUUUUGUUUUCUAUGGCCCGGCAAGAGGUUUGGUAUGUAUUGUUUUCCCCCCGAGAACAAACAUGAUUUUCACUUAAUUAAUGAGUGCACCCCCUGUUUGUUCUGCCCCUGCUGCUUCUCACUUUAAAAGACACACUGAUUAUGACAAGAAACCACUGUUUGAGUUCACAGCACAUAACUAAUCACACCUAAAGAGAAGAAGAUUAAAAACUCAGUGUUUAAAGCCCAGUGAUUUACUGAAAAAGUCACUGAGCGGUGGUGGGUAUUGUAGUAGCCUAUGUGAUGGUCUGCACAUGGUAUGUAUGUGGUGCUCUCCAGUUUUCCAGUCCAUGAUUGAUUUUUCAUUUUUUUACAGGUAUAUUUAAUUUCGAUGUACAUUUGCCUGUUUUAAACAUUUUAAUAUAGUAGGGUCAACAUAGUGCGUGAAACAUGGGUAUAGUGUUCUCACUCAUUUAAAGUGGCAAAGGUUCAACUCGUUUUUAAAAAGUAAUGCAACAACAAUGACAGAAGCAAAAGUAAUAUUAAGAAUAGUAAUGAUGAUAGUUGUUCUGACGAAUAAAUUAUGACAACAGCAACUUCCACUUUUUUUUACAUUUAUGAAUUUUACUAAAAUUCAUAUUGAUGCCCUUUCGUGACAUCCCAAAGCAUACAGGACCACAAGACCGUUAGUGACAGGAUUGAAGAUUUUGAUAUCCUAAUUUUAAUGCUUGACAAGGGGUAGUUAUAAGCUGAGCAGCUGAAGACAAAGCACAUUUUUUAAGAUUUCCAUGUAAGCUAUUUGCAAUCGAUGAACUUUUGACCAUCAAAAGUUAGCAAGAUGAGAUUUCACUCAAGCAUACAGAGGACAAGAUAAGCAAAGACUGCGUUGUCCACUGGGGUGCUGAGUACUGACACAAACUGACAAGUUCCUCCCAGGAGCUUUAAUAAUUUACAAAGACAAAAGAAAUAGAUCGGUUUCAUCUCGAUGUGAACAUGGCCUCAGACUCAGAAGUGAGUCAAAAUAUAUUAGAGGAAAUUGUCAUUUUUAAAAGAAUAUAUUUACUUUCCCAAGUUCUAGGACAAAAGUGAGAGUUUUCUAAUCGAGCAGAUGUCUGCCACCAAAUAUUUCAGUUUAAGAGUAGUUUUCAAUAUUUUCCCUCAAUAUUUUGGACAAAGUCUCAACAGGUUCUGCUAGAACUUUGAUAGCUUUGGACAUGAACAGAACAUGUGACUCAAGUUUCAUGAAAAACAAUAGAAGCUAUUACACUUCUGUUGUAUGUCAGACAAAAUUAUUUUAAAAAGACAUAAAACUUAUUUUUUUGGCUUUUUAUUGUCCCUCUGAUAGCUUCUUUGCAGCUUGAUGUGAUUUAUAGUUCAACAAAUUCUUAAAAUAUUUCAGGCUGCUGUCUUUGAAAAUCCUCAUUUCAGCCCCAGUCUGAGACACUAAAUUUAAGCCACUGUCUCUUUAAGGCCUCCCAGGCAUCCCAGAACCCAGCAUUCUGGAAGCCUUCUUCACUGUUGCCACACAACAAAGUUGUGUUGGUUUUAUAAAACGACUAAUUCGUCUUUUUAAGAAGAUUCAAGAAAAUCUCGUAUUGAUCUGGCUUAAUUUUUGUGUGACUCUGAACAAGACAUGAAGAGCACCCUGUAGUCCCAUUUUGGGAUGAAAAUAACACACAUGAAGUUUGUGAUCUGAAUAUCCUACUUUUUAACAUUUGUUUUUGAUUUAUGAAAAAGUAUAAUACCACCUCUUUUUGGAACUUUAAACUCCAGAGUGAGUGGAGGUGAGAUAGAGCCCGUGUGGGUCUUUUCAAUGGCACUUUUUAUAGUUCUUACUCCCUCAACCCAUCAACUGUCAGUAACUUACAAAAAAUUUUGGGGAUCAGUGAUCUCUGUCUGGGUUAUAGAUUGAGACGAUCUUAAGGCUGUUAAAGAGGCAAAGUGAGAUAGCUAGAAGAAGUGUUGAACCUCCAAAAAGCAGCAUAGACGGGCCAGCGUCUGCCCAAAUUUCAUGGGAGAAAAUCAUAUUACUACCAGACACCAUCUUUGUAAAGGUCUUAAAAGCUCAAUUUGUUUGUAAUAUCCAUGCCUUACAUCUUCAAUAUUUCAGGCUCCACUUUAUUUUUUUUUAUUAGCUCUCCCCUUGUUUUGCAAAGACACAAUAAAGGGUGAGCUAGAAAACAGACACAACAUGAUAAGUAUUAUAUUUGUCCUACACCCAUGGGACUUGAUCUCAUAAGAUAUAUUGGUCUACUGUCGCUGAGUCACUCCCCUUUAUGAGGAGGGGACCACAGUGCUAUUGACCAAGGCUCUAUCACCAGUGCAAAUAAUAAUGGAGACAAAGAGCACACUUGUCUGGUCCCUUGUGGCAAUGCAGAAUAUCCAGCUUGUAUUUAAUGAGUGAAAACACUGGCCUGUAGUGAAGCAUAAAAGAAGCAAACCCAAGAAAUAAUGAGAAUUUUACCUCCUCUACAUCCAAUGAGAUUACAAAUGUAUUUUAUGUUUUGUAUGUUUGAUAUUCAGCAGUGUUCUCUCAGUGGAAAAAGAGCUGACAUUCUUUAAUUUGUUCCUUAGAUGUUGAUCGAAAAAGACAUUUUCUAAGUCCCCUUGCUAAUACUUUUCAUGAAUCUUAGUAUUGACGUUAAACAAUGGUGGGUUUUGAAUAAGGAGUAUUGUGUGGGGUCCUUAUCCCUCUUAAAAAGCAUUGUUUUGGAUGCUUGGGUUAAUGUUUGUGGAGGAGAACUCCUUAACACGUUUAAAGUAGGUCUGUAGAAACCUUUUAUAGAAUUCUACUUAAAAACAUCUAGCCCCCAGGUUCCGUCAGGGUUGAAAGAUUUUCAAGAAAUUUGGUCAUAUUGGUGGUGACAGAUGAAGAUUCUGAACAGUUAAGUGAGGCAUAAAACGCUUUAAAGGUUUCAUUUUAUCUUUGGGGUCAGUAGCCAGUGAGCUGAGUUCUUUAUGUGUUGAAUAAUACAAGACGCGGUCUGGCAUCGUAAUUGAUGUGCCACAAGCCUGUCUGCUCUAUCACUGUGUUUACUCUUAUAUGUUGCAAGAUCAUAGCAGGAGCUUUUUUUGCAUCGUUUGUCAUAAUGAAGGCAAAAAUGAAAAGCAAAAAUGAAGGAUGGCUGGGUUGAUUGUUAGUGAAGAAGUCUUCUAUGAAUGCUUAUUCAAUUUAAAAAAAAGUAUUGUCAGAAAACCUGACAGGGUGGAAUUGAUAUUGAUGAAAAAGUAAAGUACUGGGAUUAUGACUGGUGGACCUAAGAAAAAAAAAGAGAAACGCCUCGGUCUGUGGAUUAUGAAGUUUCCAGGGGUCACUGUAUCUAUUUUUUAAUCAUGAACUUUGAAACUAUUUCAGACAUUGCAGAUGAAUUCAACAUAAUUUUGUGGUUUUGAUCAGUCAAGAGUUGCAUCUAUGACGCAGUUUGAAUAUCAUCCGAAGAUUAAGAAACGAUCUUUAGGGAGAGAAUAUAUUCAGAUGGUGUUCAAACUUUUCCUUCUCAUCAAUCAUCAGGAAUUUGUUUCAAUACCUCAGCCCUCAUCUACCUCAUCUAAGGAAAUGUGCAUGCCCCCCUGGAAUUUCUUGGAGCCUUUGUCUUAAAUCUUUAAAGGCUGUGCAGUCGAGCUUUUUGGCUGAGAGACCUGGGAAAACAGAGACAGUCAGUUCUUGAACCUUGAUCCACUUCAGGUCUUUUGUUCCUGGUGAAUAACUGCACAGUCAGAUUGGUCACUAUGUCUGGCUUUAACUAUGAGGUUGUCCUGGUUCGGGCUUUGGUUGAAGUGUGUGAUGUGCUCUGUCAAGCCAUGGCUUAAGACCAAAAGCCUCCUUUUGCAGACUGGGUGGUUGAUGUCCCAGGGAAUGCUAACAGCCCUGAUAUUGUCGUAAUUUUAACUUGACUCUAAGUCCUUGCAUUUAUUUUCCAGUUUCCCCUAAGUUUAGCUGAAAAGAACUCCACAGCCCUCUGGAUAGUUGUGAUAUCAUCUGAGUAGCUGAACUGAGAAGUUUCUACUUUGCUCCCAGUCUUAGCCCUGCCACCAGUAUUGUUUUUCUCUUUUUUUCCACGACAAAGAUGUGACGUUGACGAGCUAAACAUAAGUCUUAGAUGACUAAAAUGUGACGACAUGAAUGUGCGAUUAUGUUGACAAGACAAGACGAGACGAAAAUGUUAGUGGUGAUGACGUUGACGAAAUAUUUUCGUCGACGUCAUCGUCAACGAAAACAACACUGCCACAUCUGUUUGAAUUGUUGUUAUCGUCAUCGCUUGUAUUCAGGCUUUGAUCAAAGAUCAAUAUUCACCCAAGGCUGUUUUGCCCUCAGCUUUUAAAGAUUUGUUUAGUGUCAUUGUGUACUGAGGUGAGAAAUUCACGUAAGAGUCAUCCCUAUCCUCUGCUGACACCAAGCUAACUUCCCAGCCGGAUGAAUCACCACAAGUCAAAGCCCCAGCUUGUUGUGUUGAAUUCAGUUAAAUUUGAAUCAUGUUUUCUCCCUUAUUUAGUGUUUAGGGCAUUUCAACAGGUCACGUGUAUCGCUUAAAUAAAAAAAUAAAAAAAACAUGCUCAAAUCAAUUUUGAAAAAGUUACUAAAUAUAUUUGAUGUGUUGUAUUUGUACUGAAUGGUUUUGGUACAAUUUGUGUAUUCUUACACCACUCCUUAGUAAACUGAACUGACUUAGCUGUAAUUACUACAACCAAGCUAAACAUAUGUAAAAAUAACAAAACUAGCAUUUUUUAUUCCCUCAACACCCCAGCAGGGAAAAGUAAUACUUGUAGAGACAAACUUGGGGUUAAUUCCAAAUUUAGCUAAUUUUGCCCUUUUCUGUCCUUGAGACAGGUGAAGCAAAAUACUGCAAUUCACAUUUUUUUGCAGUUUCAAAAACCAAACUACAAAAAACCCCAUUAAAAAGAUUUCUGUAUUAUGUAAAUCAGGCAUAACUCAGGCCUUAUUUUAACAGGGCUUUGGUUGAAACCCUUUAAAAAAAGAUAAGCAGAUCUGCUGAGUUUGCUACAGAUGUCUCAUGUUCCUGUGUGUCUUUAAAAGACAGAGCCAUUUUAAUAGCUUUUAGUUCAUUAACACAUUUUUUUGUUUUGAUUUGAAAUAAGAUUUGUGUUAAUUAGACAUAAAUGUUGGAGUAUUUCUGAAUGCUUGUAUUUUCAUAGAGAAAAGGGAAAAUGAUUUAUCCACCUUAGUUCAGUAAUUUUGUGAGUUAUCAUUUUUUUACUGCAAGUGUGUUCAAACGUUUUUGUUGUUUUUCAUGAACACCAGCUGUAAGUCUUAUCAUAGUUCAUUCAUGGUAAAUCUACCAUUGAAGAAAUUUUUCUCUCUUUAGAUGGUGAAUGAUUGGAUCAUAUUCUUUUUCUACAUUUGUUAAAGACAUGAGGGACAGUAGGAGGAUUCUGCUUUUAGGUGAAAAUUAGUUUUUAACUUAAAAAUACACAAGAAAUGCAUAUGACCCUUUAUUUGGAUAAUAGUUUCUAAAUGAGUGUUGUACAUUUAAAGAAUCACUUGGUCACCACAAGAGAUACAUGUAAAGUGAUUCAAUAGCAUUGUUUUUUUUUUUUUAUCAAUUAUUGCCAACAAAUCUAGUUGACAAAAAUGUAUUUGGAAAAUAAAAAUAAGCUUAUUAUUAUAUUAUAUAUAAUAUUUAUAGCUAUUAUCAGCUUAGCUAAGAUAAACUAAACUGAUAACCAGAAGCCUUAAAUGAAUAUCUGGUGUUUUCCAACAGAACUCUUUGUUUGUUUUAUUUACAAAAAUAAAUUUAACUUGAGCAAUAUUAAAAGGUCUCAACAUUAAUAAUUAAUGGUCUUUGUGCAGUAAUGUAGGUUAAGGCCCAGGAGACUAAAGAGCUGGAACAUAGCACAAACAAAUCUUUCUUUCUAAAGAGAAACAUGUUUCAGCACCCUCUGCAGCGCAGACUACAUCAAGAUGACCUGUGGUAUUGAUUUCAAAGAGGAGGAGGGCUGGCAUUAAUAAAGUAAUCUGUUUGAAGAAGUGGGUUUUUGUUGCUUGCGUUUUGUGUGGUGUGCAGCCUCGUCAAGGACAGUACGAGUGCUGUUCUGUUAAAUACACAUACAUAUAAGUGUGUGCACACAACCUCAUUCAGAGGAAUUCAUUCCAACAUUCAAAGACAAAAACAAAUUAAGCCUUAUAGAAAUCAACAACUUGAUUAAGUCUCUAAGGGGAAAAGCAUCAGUUGUGAACACUAUGAGUGAUUAAAUCAUGUGUGAAAAUAUGCCAAGGCUGUGGUUUUUAGAAAUGUGAGUUGUGUUGUUAAAAGGGAUGCUCUGUAUCCCAAGAGUGUCUGUUUGGGAAUUUCCAGUAUUACUCCUGACUACCUGGUGAUCUUCAGGCUUGUGUGUGGGCUGCAUGAAGUGUCAUUUUUACAUAAGAGUUCUAGCUUUGUGUUCGGCUUUGUACAACUGCAGGAUCAUAUCAAGCAAAAGAAGUGAUUUUAUUCCAUUUUAUAUUUGCUCUUAUUUUAUUAACUUUGAGAAAACGGGGAAGCUGUGUAGAGCACAUUGUACUGAGAAAUUCAGUAUCACACAAGAAGGUAACACACACAAUCACAAUUUUGUUCUUACAACAGGUGAGCUGUGUGUGGAAAAAAGUCAUUCCUUAUGGCAUAAAACUACCAAAAGUAGCAGCAAUAGGCUGCACAUUAACAAUGCUUCAAGAAGGUCUAAAUUUAACUUGGCAUGUCCCACCUCAGUCAAGUCAUUAAAAGGUUGAGUUACAGCAGAUGUCUCCUUCUUUGAUCCCGUGCAGAGCAAUUAUCAGCCGCUAUUUGAGACAAGAUAUGUAUGCAGACGGAGAGAGAGAGAGAGAGAGACUACCUGGACAGCAUUUGUUUCUCAAAUAUUCUAUGUUCAUGGCUUGUACUAUGACGUAGGAUUGCAAGUAUCCUGCAAAAAGUAUUACCCUGGAAGUUUGAAACUUGCCAAGGAAGGCCUCUUACCUCUUUUGGUCUGGUGGCAAAAAUGCAUCAAUGGCAUAUGAAUUUUUGUUAAAGGGAUUGUUAUGUUAUCCAUAAAGUAUAGGGCUGCACGAUAUAUCGUUUGAGCAUUGUCAUCAUGAUGUACGUGGUCCACCAAUCACAUUCGUUCUUCACUCAGUUGCCUAUCAGACUGCCCUGCCAGCCGUCAAUCAAAAUUAGAGCGGAGGAAACCACGCCCCUGCACAUGGAGUGAGUUGCUGGCGCUGCCGGUGUUGUGCCGAGAAAUGCAUUACUUUUUGGAACAUUACUCAUCACCGUUUAGCCCCUUAAAUAAGAACUGUAUGGGUUUUAAAUUGUACAUUUCCGUGGACCACUUUACCUUAAGCGCGUUUCUGCGAGGUGGAUGCAACGGCGGACAUGUGUUUCUCGGCACAACACUGGUAACAACAACAAGAUUGCAAAAUGAGCAACGAACAAGAGAAAAACACAGAAAAUGAAGACUUGUUGCCAAAAAGAAAGGGAAAGUCAGUUACCUGGAAUUAUUUCGGUUACAAUGAUGUCGACCAAAACAAGUGUUCUGUGUUCAUCUGUUGCCACAAUAACGUCCCAGCACAAUAAAAGCAAACUAAAAAUAUCUCUAAGACAGAGAGAAGCCAUUCUAUGAACAUUCACAAAAAGUUGCAAUGUUAGUUUUUUCCAAUAUCGUGCAGCCCUAAUAAAGUAAUUGGUGGUCAGAGCAAUUUAGCAAUCCUGGUAUUUUGUCAAAUUCCAGGACAUCAGUUUGAUGAAUUGCCAUGACCACAUUCACUGAGCUUGUUUACACACAGACUCAAGAGCGUUUUUGCCUUUUUGCUGCACAAGAGUAGUUAAUAAAUAAAUAGAGCUGAUUGGAUUUACCCCACAAAGGAAAUGACCUCAGAAAAUAGCUGGAAAUAAUCUGCAACGGCAGUGCCUUUUUAUUUGAGGGAAGACCAAUGACUGUCACUUUUCUGGUACUUCAACUUGUAUAUAACUAUAUUAACUACACUAGCCUUUUUUGACCAGAAAAGUUGAUAGAAAUGUUGAUAUAGCAGGCUUACAGUUAGAUUUAAGAUAUGGCUCUGAGACACUUUAGUAGCUCUUGGCAUGUGAUCAAAUCCUGACAAAGCACAACUUUCUAGGUCAGAUGUGAUUUCGGGGGCUGAUGGUGGUUUUAAAGAUGAGCAUGGCUUAGUGAGCUAUUAGGCCACACCCAAGCAUCUUUUCAAGCAUCUUACUUCUCCACUGGACUCACGUACCAAAUUAGGUGACUCUUCAGGCAUUAUAAGCUCUUUAAACUACUAACAUUAUUAGUUGGUGGACUUCAGCUUUUUACACACUACAGUUUACAGAAAUCCUAGAGGAAACCCGGUACACACUGCUGAAGAGCAACUAAACUGCAUUUCAUUGUUUAAAACUAGUAACAGUAAAGAUGUGUUUUAUUCUAAAUACAGACAAAAAGAAAAUUUCUGCCAUCCUUUUGAAAUUUUCUCAUAAUAAUCUGUGACAUGUAUGUCUCACUCGCCACAAUUGUUGACCUUUUUUUGAAGGAUAUGCAUCCAUUGACAGCUAUGACUUGAUGUUCUCUGUCAGGGAAGGAUUUAAUUAACUGUCUCCUGUUGGGGUAGAUAAUUUGUCAAUAAUACAAAUGCACCCAUUGACCCACACAGACACACACUCACACACACACACAUACACAUCCCUAUCCUGUCUUUUCUCUCUCUUUUUCUCAUUUUCUCUCUCUCUCUCUCUUUCUAACCUACACACAUCUACCGAAACAGUAUGUGCCAGUAUGUGUGUCACUGGGAUGCUUUGCCAUGACUAGAAUGUCCAAACAAUAACUUGCUGUUGCUGAAACAGCGAGUACCAUUUGAAUGGCACCGCUUAAUCACUAAUUACAGAGGGGUAUUGAGGAAACAGCGAGCAGGAACCGGGCACGGUGUGGUUUCUCUCUGCCUAUUGUUUAAAUUGCUUUGGCAGUGCACAAUGUAUCUGAGCAGUGUUUCUUUCAAAAUAAAGGUUAAUUAAGUUUUUAUUUUUAUUGAGGGUUUAAUGUUUUAAUGCAGCUACUCUCUGCUCCUUUUCUACAUUUUCCUCUAUUCCCCUUCCAUAGCUGCAGAUGAAAACUAUCCCCGGGUGGCAAAAAUCUAAUCUGAAGUUGUGUGUACUGUGUUAAGUUGUGUUGUGUAUGUGUGCAUUGGUGUGUGUAUGGCUAUAGAGAAAUAAUUGGGUAGAUAUGAGGACUGGUUCAUUGCUGCUUUCUCACUGUUGUGUAUAUACAGCUAGUUAUUCUAAACAUAGUACACAUCAAAUAUUGAUCAGGGAUUUCUUGUGCCAUCAGUCACAAGAGGACUCAAGCAAAAGUGCUGCAUCAAAAAUAUACAGCUCACAUGCAAUUGCCACAAAAAAAUAAAAAAGGAAACAGCGUAAUAUCCUUAAUCCCAUGUGAAAUUGAAAUGCUAGCUCAGAGAAAUAAGUGUGUGUACCAUUUCAUAUGACAGUUUUAGUUCUUCUGAAAGGAUGUCUGAACAGCUGAUUUAUUAUUAUUUUAAAACAGCACAAUAAAACACCAACAUGUUACUGCUUUCCUCAAAUUUGACAGUGUAAUCAUUGUUAAAUGACAGUUAUAACCGAUUGUACCAACAUUUGAUCAUUAUGGCCACUGUGGGCUGUUUUUGUGUAUUUUGGGCAGAUGGAGUCUGUAAGGUUUAUGUCUGUGGCCAUCCCUCUGUAGAUCCCAGAGUAUUUUAGUACAGAAUAAUCCCCACCAUCUGCUGUCUCCUCCACUCUGUUUUACUCCACAGUAUCACUCUAUCUGUCACUCUUGUUGUAUUCCUUACUCAUUGACUCCUUGUGUGCGUAUGUGUGUCUGUGUGUGUGUGUCUGUUGGGGUGGGUAUAUUUUGCACAAAAAAUGUAUAUUGAAAUUGGCUGAACUGGAGAAACAUAACAGAAAAGAAUCAAAUGUAUAACUCUUUUCUGUAAUUACUACAAGGGGAUGGUCAAUAACUUAAAACUAUCAUGAGACUAUAAUGUUUUUGCUUAGAAGCACAUCAGUCAUGCCUCAGGCAAAGGUAGAAGAAAUAAUAAUAAACAAAAAGAUCACAGAUGACAGACUAGGAUUGGCAACCUACUUAGUACCUCAUUACAAUUUACAAUUUCUCUGAUCUUUUUUGUCUUUCUUCAUGGCUACCUUUUAUCUCCUGUUGGAACGGACGAUUGGCUGAAAUACAGCCUACAGCAGUUAACAACAGGGUUGUUGACACAUCUGGCAACACAACAGAAAUUCCCAGAAACUGAUGCUUAAAUAACAGCAACACAUACACCAAUGUACAAACGAUCAAAAGGAAAAUGAGGGAUCAGCAUGGAGUGCCUCAGAAUAAAGCCUGAAACUCUAGGGUAAUAAUAAUAAUAACAACUUUAUUUAUAUAGCACCUUUAAAAACAGAAGUUUACAAAGUGCUUUGACAACAGUUGCAAGCACAGAACAUCAGCACAUGAAAAUAAAAACAAAUAAAAACAAAAGCUCAGUUAAAAACAAGGCCUCUGAAUUGUAGGCCAAUUUCAUUUUUCAUAAAAACCCAGGCAAUACAAGAACACUACAACAUAAGUGGGACCAUAAGGACCAAAAUAAAAACAUAAAAUGAAAUAGAAAAGGAGGGCAGAAAGCAGGAAACAGUCUAGUAAGUAUAAAAGAGGAUAUCAAUCAUAAUAAAAAAAUCAUAAUAAAAUAAUAAUGAUGGUAAUAUAAAUCCACAUUUUCAAAUGAGUUUGGAAAAAAAUCUUUGACGUAGCCAAGUCAUACAGACUUUUACAUUAUUUUUUCUCCAGGGCUACUUCAUGACAUUGUCAACAGGGUCAGAUGUGGGAACUUGGGAACAACUGAGCAGGCUGGACAUUAUUUGAAAGUACCAUAUGAUGUUGGCAUCAAGCUAACAUGGCAAACUACAGCAUACAAUACGUGAUGCAGUGUCUCGCUUUGUUUCUCUGUAGCCUGUUGUCGGCUUUGAUAUCGCCAAGGUCCAGAACUCUGUGGAUAAAUCCACAUUUAGAAAAUCAGCAUGAAGUCACUGUGAAAUAAAUACCGAGACAUUUUUCUGCAGGCAUGCUGCGACGAUUAAUCAGCAGCACCACACACCUCUCCGUCUAUCUGGCAAUCUCUCUAGUUUUCUUGACCACCAGUCGAUCUGUGUUUCACAAUAAAUGACAUGCUGAAUUAUUAUUAUUUUUUGUUUUUGUUUUUGUUUUUUUUACCAUUAUUUAGUGUUUACAGAGCAUUCAAAAUCCAGCUUUAAUAUUCAUUAAGGUCCCUCUUAAACCUUGUUUUUUUUACAACUUAAAGUGUUAUCAUGGUCUUUAAAUCGUGGUUAUGUAUUUUUUGGCCACAAUCAUGUUACCUGUGUCAUUUUCAAAGGCUUCUCUUCUGCAGAGCUCCAGUAGCUGAUCCAGUAGCGCUGCUCUGCACACUCAUGCUAUUUAGCUCUCGGACAUCAAUAUCUUUAGGGACAUGAUUAAAGUUAAUAUCAUAAUUAGCUUUCUUACGAACAUUGAAAUCCGCUAAGACAGACGCUUGUUCCACAAUCGUCCUCUCUAUUUCUCAGAGUCUGGCCUGCAUAAUGGGGCGUCGGGAGAGGAGCUUGAAGUUGUGACGUAAGAAAUCUCACUGUAUCUGAAUCUGCUGUUUGGAUCUGCUAGAGGUUUGCCGCAAUUUGAAUGCAGAAAUACUCAGAAAUGCAAUCGCACAAUUAUUUUUCUCAUAUGUCCUGUAGCAUCAGAAAAAUGCCAUAUGAACAUGUAGACAACAAGAAAAACACGAUUUUCAUCAGGGUGGGUCUUUAACUUUGUAAAUACUCCUUUUACACAGCCUGCUGCCAGGGAAAUUCUGCAGUGUUGUCAGAUUUUAGAGUUUAAUAUUAGAAUGAUAUUAACAUAAUCAUAUUUUAAGGGAUUUAAGGUCAUUCUUUUCUUUUUUUUAUUGGCUAAAUGUUAUUUAGCAAUUAAGAAAACAAUAAACUCAAAAUCAUUAUUUGACUAAAUAAUACAGGAGAAGGCUUGUCAACACUUUGUACUUUGUACUUGCAAGAUAAUAAAAAAAACAAUUAUAUUAUAAAAUGAAUAACAAUCCUACCUGCAAUAGAAACAAUAAUACGAAUUUAAUUCUGUUACAGUUGUGACUCACAACAUCCAAACAGCAGUGCCUACACUGAACAAAGUUUUAGCAGUCUGCUAAAUGCUCAUUAAGAACUAUUUGUGUUUGGUAAGUAUGAGGCCGGAUUGUCCUCAUAGACACACAGGCAUGAACUAUUUCAAAGACAAGGAAGUUGGCAGAUUUGCCACCAUGAAGGUGAAGAGAAUAGUAUUUUAAAAUUGGCAAGGAAAUGUGCAUAGUUUGGAAUGAUUAUGGAAAAUGCACAGUACACUAAAGUACAGCUGUCCGAGCAGGGACAGUUGGUAAAUUUAGUCAUGAUUAAGUUUUGGUUAGAGUUCAAAUUAAGAGUCAGAUUAAGAGGCAAAUAAUCUGUUGUCUACUUGAUCCUCACUGCAUAUUGCCAUGUGGUGUAGACUUGUAGACUGUUGACUUUGUUGUUAUGUGGACUGUUGUCUGUUUUAUGUUUUCCUGGGCAAAAGCUGAAGCGCUUAAUUUAUUCUAAGUCAGUGCAUCUGAGGUGGUGCUGAAAACCUUGAAAGUGAUUGGCGACCUUUUUUUUUCCUGGUUUUUAAUACAAAUGUGACAGUACCCUCAGUGUUUUUUUUUCCUCAUUUUAUACACAUGCUUCCUUGGCCUGAUAGGAGACAAUUUGUUUUAUUGAUGGAAUAAAGAUAUAUAAUAUUUUUAAGAGGGUCUAGUACCACUCCUGGGUGCAGUUCAGGCCACUGUCACUUAAACAACGAAUAUGAAAAGAUUACACUUGCUCAGAAUUUCUGUUUUGAAAUAAUUAAAUAUUUUAACUUCCUCUUUAAGUACCUUUUAGCUGUCUAAGCAAGGCAUUCACCUUUCAUUUGGUCCUCUGGAGUUGUUCUCUGGCAAACUGCGCAUGAUUAAUGCAGAAACCCUUCAACUCACUAGGCUGUAUCCCCCCCUAUUCUGCCCUCCCCUCCUUGACUGAUGUUCAAAGUGAGGCUGUGCUCUUAAAUUUAUGCAGCUGGGGACAGCACUUUAUUCAGGGCAGAGGCGUGUUUAGUCAUUGAUUUUAUCCAGCCUGAGACUUGUAGUUCCCUAUGAUAUAAAGAGUCAAGUACAAGAUUUGGAUCUUUUAAUUACAAUCACUAAGGUUUCAAUAUGGCCCCCGCUCCAAAAUGUGGUACAAGAGCCCGAUUGAAACCUUAGUGACUGUAAUUAUUAUUUUCAUCUUUAAAUUUGCCAUGACUACUAGAAUUGGUGGCUUUCAAACUUCCCAAAACUUUCCAAAAUUCAUACAUGCAUCAGACCUGGCAGAAAAUUUGAUAUAGUUUUGGUUUUGUGAAAAAAAAAUACUUUGUAAAAUCCCUUCAUAUUUCCAGAAAAUCAGCCUCUACAGUGAGUUUGAUGCAUGAACAUUUCCUUGCAUAUGUAAUAUGCUAAGGACCACAAAAAGUCUCUAACCAUUAUGGUGAAAUUCCAACGGGGGGUUUGCCAUUAUGAUUUAAUGUCUCAUUUUUCCAUGUUGUUUUAAAAUUAAUGGGGUGCAUAUUUGAACAAAGUUGUUUUGUUUUGUUUAUUUAAUAAACUCCACAUUAACCCGGUGUAUUGUAAACACUUUGAGGAUCAUAAGUUGUCAAAAGGAUUUUCUAUACAUUAAAGGGUGUUAUGGACAUAGACAUAGAUGUCAUAGUCAUAGACACAGAUAUAUGUAAGAUGUAAUGACACAAAACCCAAUGGUGACUCCAGAUGGUUAAUGCUGGAUACUUGAAAUGGAUUGUAAUAUGUUGAAAUUAUAUUUUAGCUCAGCGACUAAAACCUCAUCAAACUUUGUAUUUCAUAUGUAAAUAUAACAGCCCUCAUGCACAUACAUGCACGCAACACUAAGCAGAUAUUAUCCUCAUCAUCCGACCCAAGUCCAUUAGCACUAGACAUCACAACCUCAUCCAUCCUCCACUCUACCUCAAUUUCCUUCUGUCCUGCUUCCUGCUCUCUUUGUUUCCCAGACAGCAAGUCCCCUGUGAGCUCAUCUGAAAUUACAUGAACAGAGACAACACAGUGAUACUGCAGCAUGUAGGUUCACUCAACCUUGUAAGCAAUCACUGUUGCACAUAACAAGCUACAAUUUCUCGACACCACUCAAACUGCCAAAUUUAUCAGUUCUUAUAGUGACUACCCUUGCUAUUAUAAUGCUAACACCCCAACAAGUUUACAUUCUUUGACGACAGAUGGAUACAUUAGGAAGGGUUGUAUAGUAUAUAUGAUAUUUUGUAUGGGGAGUAGGUUGUUUGUGUGGAUUUGAACUCUUAACUGGGUAAGCAAAGUGCUAUGACAACCUGAUCUCUUGGACUUAAGUACCUCAGUAAUUAGCCUUGUCUCGGUUUUGAUCAAAUUCUGGAUACAGUGUUCACAUGCACACAGAGAUACCUGUUCAGGCAUAUCCAUGUAUACAUGAUUAAGACUUGUAUUCUUGUCGCUGAUUACUGCGAGCACCUGUGAUGGGCUCCCCCCCCCCCGUUUUUAGACUAUUAGACAAACAUUUGAAGCAGGUUUAUUUGGAAGAGGUGAGUUUAAUUUUGACAAGCCGGGCUAAUCUACUCAAAAAUAAAAGUGUCACAUAUUUUUUAUUAAUUGGGUUUCCGUAUAAAAGCAAACCAAAUCCAGUGAGACUUUCAUGUAAAAACCAAUUUUCUCAAAAAUGUAGAAAUUAUGAUCAGAAUAGUAUCCAUACAGGCUGAAUCUGGUGUAGUUAGAUUGUCACUCUCUUGAUCCAAUGUGAAAUUAUCUGUGCUCAAAUAAUUAGUUUUGAGAUUCUGACUUUUUUCUACCAUCUUCACUGUGCACCAUGUGUAGUCCGACAACGAGGCACAGUCCUACGCAUCACAAAUCCCUGAGAACUCACAGGAAACUUUCAUAGUCCAGUUUGUUUACAACCUGCAGCACCCAUAAUCUCCUGGCAGUAUUGGCAUUGUGGUGAGGCAGUGGUUUCCUGUUAUUUAGCAGAUGUACCUUUUAUUUAGUCAUGGUCCACAUUAGUGCACAGGGUAUGUUCAUUAUAAAUGAAGCCUACAGGAGGUGGGCUCUCUGGGCGUUGCAGUGCAGGCUGUAGGCUGCCCAACCAGUUGCAAGUUGGAAACGGUGUCUGACACUUUACCCCUCAGUUGAUUAAACAAACAUUUUUUCAACAAUAUAAUCCAUUUCUGUGCAUAAGGUUUUUUUUAAUGAUAAAUUCUGGGGGAUUCUCAGGAGAGAGAAAAAAACCCAGAGGGGUGUUAGAAAUAAAGAAUACACGUGUGCUUACAGUUAUGUCUGAUACCCUUCAACACUCAAAAAUACAAACAGUUUGUAAAACUGCUGUUUAUUAGAUUGACAAAAGUUGAUAGUGUACAUUUCUGUACAGCCCACUAUCAUCUAGAAUAUUUCCUACAUCAUAAAAUUUUAUUUUAAAAUUAAUAAUUUACUCUUGGCCAUCUUGUUGGUUUGGCAUAUACAAUUAAUCUCAUAUUUUCCCAUUUCUCUAACAGUUUUAAUGUAAAACAGAUACUGACUGAAUUCAACAGUGCAUGCCAUUGAGUUAUUUAAGGGUCACAGUGGGACUAGAACACUAGUGGAAGGAUAAGUAGAAUGAAACACUCCAUGCAGCUUACUACCAUCUUCACAGUAUUAAAAACUCAUCCUAUACUAAAGAAGUUAACCUCGCCCAUCUGGUUUAUAUGGCAUAUAUAAUCAACUUUGUUUGUCAAGCUGCUAAAAUGUAAAACAAAACUGUGUGAAAGCAACAGUGUAUGCCACUGGGUUAUUUUAGUCACCGUCGGAUCAGAUAACCAGUUGUAACUAUUCUCAAAGUUGGCCUCACAAACAACCUCCAAAUAAAACAAAACAUGAACAGUAGAAAGUACACCUAACUCAUUUACUGUACUCAUUUUUGCAAAAACCUUUUACCCCUUUUGAUUUGGCAUAACUGAACAGCUCAAACAAUUAACCAAACAAUGAACAAUAGUAUCACUGAUGUGUUUUCAUAGGAAUAUAACCUAUUGUCUCUAAAAUUAAAACACGAUUAGUGCAAGGAUAUUAAUAGUAUUACAUAGAUAAUUUACUGAUAUGAUUCAGUUUAAUAUCUGUAUUUCAAAUGUGCAUGAAGAAAUCAAAACAACCAGGAGGAGAACAUAGUUGCCUUUACUGUAGGUCCAUUCACAAAAGGCUGAGGUGGUUUAUUUCAACAUUUUUUAAUGCCAGAAGUUUCUGUGACAAACAUGGCAGGUGGCAAGGAUUUGGUUUGUGAGCCUAUCAAUAUUACAUGCAUCCAUGUUUUACCGCUUUUCCCGUUGGGGGUUGUAGGGGAGCUGAAGCCUAUCCCAGCAUCUUGGGGCGAAGGCAGGGGACACUCUGGACAAGUCCCUAUCAAUAUUGUAAUUUGUCAUUUCAAUACUUAAAGAAAGAAAUGAUGGGAUUUUGGUGAUCAAAGGACAGAAACUAUGACCAGCGUGAAGUUUGAGAGAAAGAACAGACUCUAACUCAACCACACACUUUCAAAGAAGUUACAGUCGGAUGAAUACAGGGGCGUAGUAUUCAGGUUUAUUUGACCAGAGGACAAAGAUUAAGAUCUCUGUGACCUCGAAAGUCCAGUAAUCAUCCUUUGUGACCUGAUUAAUCUCGUUUUUCUAAAAGAUGUUUUUUCUUCCAGGGAAUUUUUCACUGGCUCAGUAGAAAUGAAAAAAGAAAAACCCUGGAAAUAUCAUGCUGGCCCUUUAUUCCAUCUCCAUUUCUCAUUUGCAUCCCUAACCAGUGCUUUUUCAGACGUGAGCUGGAUCAUUUAGGUCCAAUGAUCAAGUUUUUAGGGUGUUUAUUUACUUAAUUUAGUUUCACAUCAGGUUUCAACUUGUUGCGAGCUUGAAGUGAGAAAUACCCUGAUGGCUGUAGCGGUGUUUAGUGUCAGGUGACUAAUUUAGAAAGGGUUGUGUCAGAGUAAUUGGAGCUAAGAGGAAACUCCUGAUAUCUCUCUCUCUCUCUCUCCCUCUCUCUCUCUCUCUCUCUCAUUCACUCAUUCACUCACACACACACUUAACGCUUUCCAUUAAUAAAACGAACAAAUAUGUGUAGAAGGAGAGGAGAGUGAGAGAGCUUUUUGAGGACACACAACAGAUGGGGGGAAAUAUGGUGAGUUUGAAAAGAGCGAGGUCAAAUGGCUCACUAUAAGUGAAGAAGACAGGAAGUGAGGAAGAGGGGGCAGGGAAGAAAGAGAAGGAACAGCUGUCCUUAGAUGUCUGUCUCUGAGGGUCACACUAGAGACAUCUUUAAAGUUUCUCAAACAGUUGCAGUUGAUAGCCAAAAGUGUAUAGUGUAAAAAUAAAUAUAAAUUUGAAUCAGUGGUCAGAAAAUGGGUAAACUGUUGUCUAAAUCUCUAAAAGGGCUGUAUAUUUUUGUCUUUGCCCUUUAAAGCUGAAAGUCAGAAAUACAUAAUGAUCUGUUGUGAAUACCAAGGAGUUAGGAUCCCAUGAGACCAAUUCAAAACCAAUUAUUGGAUUACUUCAAUAAUUAAUGAUGGAAAGUGAACUUUGUGCCAGGGGACAGUUUCCUUUAGCCAGCAAUACUGAAGAUAAGUACUCUGAUUUUCUAAGUUUCAGUUUGUGGGUGCUUGAGCAACCCCAAAAACGCCUAUGUUCACACUGAUGACCUAAACCUAGAAUUCUGGCCUGACACAUGUGCAGAGCUGCUUAGUAUCUUGGUAGGAAGCACUACUAAGUAGAACACCGGUGGUAACCUGAAAGAGCAACAGGUACUCAUUUAUGCUCUGUGUUCGGUACACAUGCUGAUAUUAGCCAUUCAUACGUGUUGUUCCUUCAUUUCCUCAAUAUUUCAGAGCAUUUUCUGCAAGCUUGUGUACCAAACAUUUCAGCACUAUUAAAACUCAUGUGGCAGUGUUGGGUAGUGAAGCCAGGAAUUCAUACGAUAGACUCUGUCAAGUACGAUACACAACAUACAAUACAAUACAAUACAGAGUUGAUAUAACAAUAAGAGUUGAAUAAUUGUUUGUCCGGUGUCUCAUGUCUUACGCCAUCUACUAUUUAAAGAAGAAUUGUAAAGUCUGAUGGCUGAGGGUACAAAAGAUCUUCUAAGUCUAAGUCAAAGUGAGAGGAGCCGUCCCCCACCAUUGGCCCUUUGGUCCAUCAAGGUUUUUGUUAGGUGGAUGAUCCAUGUUUGUUAGAGUAGCCUUCACCUUCUUCAGUGUGCAUCUCUCUACCACAUCCUGACAUGGGUGACAUGGUUCAAGUCUCCUAAUAUUAUUAUUAGUGCCUCAGGGUGUGUAGUCUGUAUCCUAGCAACAGUAUCAUGCAAAACAGCGUGAGGAAUUCCAGCCAUCGACUUGGGUGGGAUGUAAACAAAUAUUGUUAUGAUAUGACUGAACUCCCUUGGAGUUCAUAAUAACAUAAUAUGGGCAAGGGCAACUGCCAACCGUUGAAUAUCUAAACAACACCACUUCUCCUUGACAGUUAUGUGUGAAGGGUUACACCAUCUCUGGUUAACAAAUAAAGCCAGACCUCCUCCCCAUCCCUUCUUAUUCUUAUUCUUAUUUCUUCUUGCCGCUAGCUUUAGCAUCUCUGACCUGUCUGACCUUAUGAGAGUGCAGCCAGGUAGAUCCACAGUGGAGUCUGAGUUGUUUUGAUUCAACCAGGUUUCAGUAAAACACUGAAGACUGCAAUCACGGUAUGCUUUCUUAAAGCACACAUGGAAGAACAAGGGCUGUGAUGGUUACAAAUCUAUUUCGUACAUAUAAGAGGAGCAUAAAUGAGUCUUGAUGAGAUAAAAACAUGUACAAGUGCUCAACUCUGUCUCUGCCUGCCAACAAUAACACAAUAACACAGCAGUGAAUUUACACAUGGACACAUAUGCCAAGACUUUAUGAUACAAAGUCAACUAAAGCAUUUGACAGAGAAAACUGAAUGGAUUGGUGGUUUUUAAUCUUGGAAAACAUUGUUAAGCAACGUGACGACUGCAGCAGACAUUAUGAUCAGCCUGCUGAGAUCCCCACACCCACCCCACCCCCACACCUUACAGAAAAGGCUUCCCCCUGUGAGGUGGAAUAUGAUUAAACAUUUGAGUCAGGUACAUUUUAGGUUUAGGGCUUCAGAAAUUUUCUACAAAUUACUCACAGUGCAUGUCUGAAAAGAGGUGUACACAGGCAUCACAAACACACACACUCACGCACACACACUUAACACACACACAAAUUUAGCUUUUUAAUUAUUCGCUUGAAAUAUCUCCCCAGAUCCUCUGCAUAGAUUUUCCAAUCUUCUGAACAUCAGUUCCUCGUUGCUCAAAGCAAAAAAGAGGAGAGGGGGGAUGACAGAUUAACUGCUACGUGCGAUACGAGCCUUAUGCUGCUUUCCUUAUUCAUCUUCUGCCCAUCCUCAGGACAUCUAAUACACCUCUUGGUUUGAGAGUGGUGAUGUAAAAAUUGACUAUCCUUUUCAUCACAGUGCUUUUAAAAAUGAACAUAAAAAAUAAAAGAGCACAGAGCGUCACAGUCAGAACACCUCACAGUCAAACCGUGGACACGUGUGGAUUUAUAGUAAGGUUUGAUCAUUGUUGGCCUGUUAAUCGGGAUAUUUGUUGUUGUGGAACCCUAGUUCUUUAUCUGCAAUUUGACUGGAUAUUAUGUGGACGUGGAUUUCAUAAGAUUGCUAGAUGGGAGAGCUGCCACAAUAGUAGAACAGCUACAUUUCUCCUAAUGACACUAACGUUGUAACUGUGCUCAUGCAAAUCUGUCCUACUGAGUGCCCAAGGGUUCAUCUAAGCAUACUUAUCCAUUUUAAGAGAGACAGAUUACCAAGGUCCACAGUGUAACGGCAUCUGUUCCCUCAUGUUCAUUUGUCCGCUAAGUGUGCCUAUCGACUCUGUCAUACUACAGAUUUAUUCUCUCCUGGCCCUCUUAUAUUCACGUAUUGUGAUGUAUGGAUUAAAGUGGGAAAGGCCAAAGAUAAUCUCAUUCCUUUCGUUUUUUUCUGCCAUUAUCACUUUUUUAUGCGAUUUUUUUCCCUGCCUAUUCAGUUCCCCUUUUCCUCUGUCAAAUAUGAUGCUUUUCUAUCCAAGAAUCUAUCCUAAUCGCUUAUUUUACACCAGCUCAUUAGGGAUAGGAACCCCCCACCCCCACCCAAAAAGACAUUAAUACUACCUUUUUGUUUAGCCAUGACUUUGACUGUGUGUGAUGCCUUUGCAUUCCUGCUCAGCUGGUGUUUUUAGACUUUUACCUUUUGUGAUUACUGUCCUUUCAUAGUGUGUAAUCAUUGUUUGAGUGAUGUGUCUCAGACCAGUGACUCAGAGGAAUAAAGAAUCAACAUCGUGCAAAAUACUGUAUCAGAUCAGUGUCAUUUCCUCAUCAAAGUCUGUGUGGUGUAUUGGAAGAACCUUAGAUUGCUUGCUGUCCAGGUGUCGAGCUGCUGUCAUCAGUGUUUUACGGUAAUUUCUGAAGGAGAAAUUAUGUAGCUAUUACAUCUAAUCAUAUAGCUAUUAUCUAUCAAACGUGGAACAUACACACCAGCCUCCCUUUAUCACAGGCUUGAAGCAUGCAUGAGUGGGUCUAAGACAGACAGUCUGGUAUCUAUCCUGUGUCUGUAUUGAUUCAGAGCAGAGACGCUGCAGGAAACAAUGAAAGCAAGUUGCACCUUGUUGUACAAUCUCAGAAAAUAAAGAAAAUGGCUCACACAUUCUUGUACAGAUAAAAAAAAAUGUUGGUAAUUGUACUUAAUAUGCCAGCCCAGGUGCGCUCAAUGUUUUGGAGACACUUAAAUGAAGUAGCUGCAGCUGAUAUGCUGCACAGAGUAAACCAUAGUGUUGUCCCCAUCUCCUUAUUACCACGCAGUUUUAUUUUGCCAGCCCCACCAGACACAAAGACCAUUUUUCAACCCUGUUUUGGCUCUGCAAGGAGGAAGAUUUUGUGCAAAUUGUUGAUUAAAUAGAAUUCCAGGGUUUAAAUAUCAUUUUAAGUCUAUAUUUAAUUGAAAAUAGUUUGAAGACAACAUGUCAGCAUCAGAGACGGACGGAUUAAUCAGUCAGCUGGUUUAUGGGGCUGAUUAACGGUGUUUUAGCAUAAUUGGCAUCGGUCCACUCGAGGCUUAUAUCACCAUGAUCUUUUCUGAAUAAAAACACAUUUUUGUCAUUACCAAUGACAGUAUAUUGAAGAUAAUAGUGACUUUCUUUUCUUUUUUUAUUCAAAUAUUUAUCCUAUUCUUUUUCCUCCCCCAAUAAUAUCCAUGGAAAUACUGCAAUCAGUUGACUAAUAAUCAAUAACCAAUGUACUUAUCUUGGAACUUUUCAGAUACAGAGCAAAGGAUUUUAGCUGCUCAAUAGAUCACGUCCCUUUUUUUUUAGAAAAGAGAAAAUGGUAAGAAGAGAAGUCUGCGUAAAAAUCAGUGAACAAGAGUCAAGAUACUAGGACAGACUAGAUGUUCUAACUGAAUCUGAAACUGUGUCAAUAACUGGUGCAGUGUUGUCUGAGAUUAAUGUUUGUCAAAUCACAGCCUUCUUAAUAGCUUGCUCACUCACAGAAUUCUAGUAAGAUAAAGAGAGCAAUGCUGCCGUGUCAGUGGGCCACACAACACGCACGCACACACACACACACACACACACACACACACACACUAGUCUCUUGCUUUAGGGCUUUUUUCUGCUUGACUUGCAGUGCUUGUCCUCGUGAUGGCUAAACGACUCCGGAUAGCCUCUCAAAUUCACACUAUGAUAGCAACAGUUAACUAUCGCCCUGGUCAGAAUCACAGUGUCCAUUGUUAAGCUGCAGGACCACUUAAGUUUGGCGGUGCUUCUUUUUGAUAUUUCAAAAAAAGGGGUAACAUCAAAGGCAGUUUCUUUUUUCUGAAUUUUAUUGGAUUAUGCUUGCAUAGCUUCUCCACCUUCUGUAUUUCAGUAGCUGACCCCAUAGUUGACAUUAGCAAAUUUAAAAGCAAAUGAACGAGCUGAAUUCACUAUAUUACUAAGGCUGAGGACACACUGCAGGAUACUUUGCCAGAAUUGACCCAUGAUUUCCCGGUUGGGCAAAGUGUGAACCAGUCUGCACUGGUUGGGGACAGUCUGCAUGGCUAUUUGGCACAAAAAUCUGUUCAUGUGUAAGGGGUGAAGACACAAAUCUACAGGUGUGUGAGGGGAACAGCGCCAACCUGACCUAGGUCAUGUUAAUCAGAGAUGUGUGAGUUAGUAGUGUAAAGGGAUCCAACUGCGGACACGUGUUGCUAACAGUCAAGGAAAAAGAGAGUGAAGGACACAGAAAAUGGCAUCAGAAGAUGACAGGAAGUAGCAGGAAUAUUAAAAUAAUGACAUUCUUCCUAAUGUAUUUUUUUUUCAAGUAGAUAGCAGCACAGACAGCAUAGACAGCAGGAAGCCUCCUCCUCCUUGUUCUUCUACUUUUUCUUCUACUUCUUCUUUUUCUACUUCUUCUACUUCUUUUCUACUUCUCCUCCUUCUUCUUCUACUUUUUCUUCUACUUCUUUUUCUACUUCUCCUCCUCCCUCUUCUUCUACUUCUUCUCCUCCUCCUCCUCCUCCUUCUUCUUCUAUCUAUUCUUCUUCUCCUCCUUCUUCUACUUCUUCUACUCCUUUUUUUACUUCUCCUCCUUCUUCUACUUCUUUUUCUACUUCUCCUGCUCCUCUUCUUCUUUUUCUACUUCUCCUCCUCCUCCUUCUUCUACUUUUUCUUCUACUUCUUCUUUUUCUACUUCUCCUCCUUCUUCUACUUCUUUUUCUACUUCUCCUCCUUCUUAUUCUACUUCUCCUCCUCCUUCUUUUACUUCUUUUUUUUCUACUUCUCCUCCUUCUUCUACUUCUUCUUCUACUUUUUCUUCUUUUUCUACUUCUCCGUCUUCUACUUCUUCCACUAUUUCUUCUACUUCGUUUACUUCUACUUCUUGUUUUUCUACUUCUCCUCCUCCUUCUUUUGCUACGUCUUCUUCUUCUUCUUCUUUCUACUUCUACUCCUCCUUAUUCUUCUUCUUUGUUUUCCUGCUCUUCUGCUUUUUUCUUUAGAGCUCAGUUUUAUUGGUGGUCGUCAAACAACAAAUUGAUGCCUUACCGCCACAAACUGGUAUGUUAGUUCACCCUUUAAACGGUCACCUUUGCAAAAGUUUGUGCAGGAUUCUGAUGCUUCCAGUCGGCUUUAUUUGGUUUGGUAAAUCAUGUUAUCUGUGAUCCCUCAACAGGCGCAGUUGUUGAAUGUGUGAUUCACAGUCUUUCAGUCGUCAUACAAAAAUCUGUUGAAGCCAAUCUGUUUCAACAUAUGUAGCCCUGUGUUUCCCAACCCUUAUUCAACUCUUAGCAGUUACACUCAGCACUUAAACACUACACCUUUUCCAUCGGCUCACAAAGAUCCCAUCUAUCUUAUGUAAUACCUCUGUUACUGCCUCUGCCACUGUCUCAGAUGUUGGACAACUUGUUCCCACCAUUACACCCGUAUGACAUUCAUAUUGAAAGUGAGACAGUAGAGGAGUGUAAAUAUUGUGUCUGGAACUGGCUCCAUGAAAAGGUAAAUGAUAUGUGGACUUGUCCCUAUAUAUUACUUUGCAGUCAUGCCAACCUCUCUAAGUGCUUUAACACUACAGAGGGCUCUAAUUUGUCCUGGGGUAGUUGAGACCCCCAAAGAUAGGUGAGUUAUUUGGACCAACUAAUCGAGGAUGGGGAUUUCAGGAAUUAAAACAGGACUGAAUGAAAAUUACACCAGACACUUAACCAGACAGCUUAUUUCUGACAUCUAAGCCAAUUUCUGUAAGUUACUAACCUAAUGUGCUUCACUUUUAUCAAUUUUAGCCCGACCUGCCAGCUGGUGUAGAUGCUGACAAUGGGUUAAAACAUGUGUUUGUUUUUUGUGUAAGAUGUGACAGGUUUUUUUUUCUCAUAUUUGUCUUUGAUAGGUAUGUUAGAUCAACAUACCUGGUUUAACAGCUAGAAGAAGUCCGAACCAAGAAAAAUCUAUCAGCUUCUGUGCAAAAUUCCUCAUGUGAAAUCACACCAAGCUCUCAAAUUUGGCUGUUUGCCAUGAAACAGGACGAGUCUUUGUCUCAGCCAUUCAUGCUCUGAUCAGACUCAAACUAAUAUGUUUAAUUGGGGUCAUGGCCUGAACACAUACAGAAAUAUUUUAUUCUGUCAAAUUUGACAGAUUAGACUCACCUCCUUGUCCAAGAUUGUCCCCUGGAAAUUAUUAAGAAAGACUAAUUAGCCAUCAAGGAAAAGUCCUAUGUAAGACCCAUAAGUCAAUACAUUUUCACAAGUCCCUAUGCAUGUGCCAAGUUUGGUAAGCUUGGACAUACACAAGAUCCUAAAAGUAGUCUGGUGAUGGCCUCUAUACUGACUUUUAAUGCACGAGAUGUAGUGUAUAGACAGGUACUGUGUAUACAGUGUAUGCAAGUAUGGGUACUCUGCAGAGGAUUCCUUUUACUUUAAUCUGUGUCGCUUUGUCUUGCCUUAGGGGUCAUAAAUCUGUCAGUGACUCUUUGGUGGUCAUUAUUAAGAAGUAGAAGUAACUUAAAAUUAGACAUACCGUUAAAAUAAAUCUCUUGAAUCUUGGGGGUGCUUUGAUUCAAUUUGAAGGUGCUUUAGCAACCCCAAAAACAGACUAGAAACACCAAUGGCAAACUACAGUACAAACUAUGCAGUAAUGUCCUCAUGUGGAUAGCAAACCGCCACAAAAAAAAGCCUUACGCUAGAUGACUUUUAAACCUUAGCUGAAUUCAAAACCAUGAGGGACCACACACAAGGCCAGUUCUGACCAAGUUUUAAUAUCAAAAUACUUUGAACAAACUUACAAACAAUAGACUUCUCAUUUAACAUUUUAAGUGGCAAUUCCACAGACACAACUACCCAUGCCCUCUCAUUGUUGGUAUUGGAUUACCUAUUGUGGUAUGUUGUGCAUGGGAAAUUAUAGAGGCGUUGUCUUUGCCGUAAUUCCAGGAUUGUGGUGUAGACUACAGAAAAUUUAUCAUACUGCUAUGGUAAAGUUGGACACUAUUUGACAGCUACCAGGAAUUUUACAUAAGAUUGUUUUCUUUGAAGUACUCAGUGAACAAAUUGACAUCAUGAAUCAAUUAACCAAGAUUAUGCAACUAUUCCCUAAUUCUGAAAAUCCUUGGAGCACUGAGGCACAUUACAUGUUUACAUUCUUUGCCAUAGCUGUGAGCUGUGCACCUGAUUGGUGAUGCUUACCAGUCACCAACCAGGUCUUGGUGGUAUUCCAUUGGAGGCCGUACUCAGAUCCUACAUCCUAUAUGUAUUUUCACAUACUUUUUCUGUUGUUGAAAUUUGUGCCUCUUCACAUGUUUGCACUCAAGUUCAAUUCCCGUGUGUGUCUCAGUAUGUGUGCGUUUAAGUCUCAUAACCUUGACAAAUGGGGCGGCAUCAUGUGCUGAUCAUCCGCUCGUCUGUCCCCAGGACAAAUGUCUCCCUGUAGCACUUUAUAAGACCUCUCUGUACACACAAGUAAUUGUACUGGUUAAGCAGAACUGUCUUUGGGACCAUUUAAUCUACAAAGAGUGUGCUAGAACAGCUGCUCAUUGAAAUGUCUCUAAUACAAAUCUUAAGAGAGGCUGUGAUGGGUACAAGACACAUAUCCAUCUCUUUAGAUCUUAUGUCGCUGAACAUAAGAUCAGCUGGAAAUAAAUGUAUGUAUAUAUGAGAGGUGAUACAUCCCUUUUUUAAAAUAUAUAAAUUGCACAAAAAUGUGUAAUGUAAAUCUUCUGUUUGAUGAUAAUAAAUUUUAUGGCUUUUUAAGGGCAGUGAUUAAGAUCUCUACAAAUAUAAGAUUAUGUCCAUUAUCUACAUAUUAGGGACAGUGUGGCCAACUGCCUUCGAUGUAAGAAAUAAGGACCUUGUUAAAGAAGUUCAGGUCAUGUCCACAUAGAGAUGGAACCAAUCUAUUUCUUUUUUGUUCUAAAAAGGUUUUCUGUGAAUGUCUCAGAAAGUUUGUGUCUAUACAAAACCUCCAAAAACGCUUUAGUGUAUGUGACAGGCCUGUAAGGCUGCCACAGAAAUUCUCCAAAAACAGAAUAAAACAUGGAGCCUGUAAGAGGGAGAUGGUGCAUGCAGGUUGAAGGAGAGGUGAGGCUAUGGUGUCAUUGGUUCAGAAGAGAUGUGUAUGGGUUGUAAACACGGAAACACAAGGAUGGCAUUUUUAGGUUUGUUUACUCUGGGAUUUGGUUUCAAAAUUAGCAUAAUCAGGCUCCAAAAACGUUGUUUCUUUGUGGACAAAACAAUAAAAACCUUUGUGGGUACACAUAAACGCAUCUUUGUGUGGACAGGGCCGAAGUUAGUCAAAUUAAAACAUUAGCCUGUUUAUUAGUAAUAGUUCAAUUUAGCUGAACAUCGUCAUCAAGGGCAACAUCAGACGAGAUGAAGUGGACAUUUGCCAUAUGUUGGAUGUCAGCUGUUAACAGUUGAUCCUUGAACAUGAGGCAAAUUGAUCUUAAAAAUCAUUGCUGACAGCUUAAUGAGUGUGAUUACUCACUUUACACAAACAUUAUCUUGACUCUAUGUUUCAGUUGAGUGCCUGAGCGUACGCUUCAAAGAGCUCUGCUUUUCUAGACAUUGACAGACCUGUACACUUACUGUCAGAGUAAACACUUAACAUUUAACGCAACAGGGAAUGGAAAACACUUUGACAUUUGGUACUGAACACCCUCAUUUCCUCAAGGUCCUUAGGAAGAGAGGGGGUGUAAUGUAAUUAAGUAUGUUCUGAGACACACACACGAGGUAUGGUAGCACAACUUCAUUAUUUAAACAGCUGGACAUGCUGUUAACAUUUGCUCUGUGAUUAUUGAAAUUCUGAGUACUACGUGAAAAGGUAGGGUGUGAGUGCAUCUUUCUUUAUUUGGAUUCUGAAUACAGAAAGCCUCUCUUAACCCUCUGUUACCUUUGGCAUUUGGAAAUAGCAGUCUGGAGUAGGGGUGUGGAUUAUAUCAAGUAUACCAGAUAUAUCACAGCUAUCAUGGGAGAUAUUAUCACAAAAUUGAAAAUCCAACAAACCGUAACAUGGACAUUCAAAGCCUCCUCACUUAAUCUUCCUCUUCAAAGUGUUGCUUUUCUCCCUCUCUUCUAAUUCCCUUCUCACUGCAGACAAUACAGUCCGUUGCCUGUCCAGGAAAUUCUCCACAACGUGUGCAUGUGAAGUUUUAGGAGAGGACAAAGAGGGUACAGAGAGAGCAAUAAGAACUAGAAAAGCACUCGGAGAGCGCAGACCUCCGCCAAGCAGCUCAUGUCCCCCCUUAUAUUGUGAUUCACACCAAAACUUUUACUGUUACGUGUCUUUUAUUAACUUUAUUUGUGUUUAAACUGGUAUGUUCACUGUUCAUAAUGUUCCUAAAACAAGAAAUGUCCUGACCAGGAUUCUAGCCCAGGACCUUCUUGCUGUGAGGCGACAGUGCUAACCACUACACCACUGUGCCGCCCAUUUACACCACUGUGUAAAACUCAUUGAGAUCCUUUUGUGUAAUUUUUUACUAAAGACUGGCCAUUUUUAUAGAAUUAAACGCAAAAAUUUGCCUUAUCUCACAAUAAUAAAGAAUCCUUCAAAAAAUUCCUGGAUCCAGAGGAAGAUCCGGAUCACCACCAAAUUUUAAUGGGAUCCUCCUGGGGCUGAGACGCACCUCUGGUGAAAAUUUCAGGUCAAUCCGUCUGCUACUUUCUCUGUAAAGUUGCUAACAGACAAACAAACAAACCAACAAACAAACCAACACUACCGAAAACAUAACCUCCUUGGUGGAGAUAAUAAGCAAAAAGAGAAGUUUACUUUCAGUCUGAAAGCCUGGACAUAUUCUGAAUUAACUGUGAGACUCUAGUAUUAUCAGAUUCCACUUUUGCGCUCCAAUAUCAAAUCAACACAAUGCUCCUUUAACUUUCAUUUGACUUUACUGAACAUUAAAUGAUGAUGACAAGCUUUUUGCCUGCAUAGUGAAGGCUGCUCUCUCUCUCUUGUGUGCGCAAACACCAGCACAGCAGAAUGGGUGAUCACAGACUGAGGUGAUAUUAUUACAUAAAACUUUGGUUUAGUGAUUUGAAGUCUGUUGUACCUGGUGUUUGUGUCUGUGAGUUAGAAUGACUGUGGAGAGAAAAAAAGAAUUUAAAAAAACAGGAUGAUGUUCGUAACACACAGAUCUGUGGGAUGUCUUAUAACUGCACUGCAUUAACAACCUCUAAUAGGAGGAGGCAGGUGGUUGAUCAUGCUUAUGUCAGGGUGUGCAACAAAACAGUGGAUGAUCGCUCAGGAGACAGAGCAUGACAGACAGAUUGAGUUUUAUUAUUGCCGAUUUCAUGUUAACCAUGAAACAAUAUUGAAAAACUUGUUGAUGAUCACUCAGAAUUGCUCCACAGCAAAUUUGAUUGUCACCCUAUUCCAUAUGUCAGAUUUAAUUUCCUUAUGUAAUUCUCUGUUGCCUUACCCCAGCAUCCUCAAGCUCCUUCACAGAUGGCAUCAUACCACAGCUGUUGGCAACUUACUCGGCUCAUCAUCUUCUCUGAGUCUACCAUGCCUCCCCACAACAAGUUCUCUCUCUGGCUACAGAUUCACUUUGCUCCUUGCUAGCCUCGUCUCUGCUCAAACUCUGCCCUCUUGUGUCAAAACCCUACUAGUCUGUGGCUCACUGGGGUUAUCAAAGAGCAAAGGGCAUGACUCAGUGCAGCAGGGAGAACAUGUCAACAGACUAAAGUUAACAUCAGUUAAAAACUUGCGUUUCCAUCAGUUUAAAAUGCAUCAAAUCAAAGCAAGAUCUGUGCUGCCAGAGAUGCACAUAAACUGUUUUAGUGUAUCACUCAAUCCUCUCUCUCUACUAACACCUAAAACCUCCUAUUUGCUGACACCAAACAUAUUUGCUGUUGGCACCUUACUCUGCUUAUCAUCUUCUCUGAGUCUAAAGGCUUCUGCUACACUCUUCGCCCUCUACCAGUCCACUGGAUCUGAUUCUCUCAAACCUUCUGCAGACCAUUUCCCCCACCUUUAACACUUAACCCUGCUGUCAUAAAUACUACCAACUCUUCUUUCUAGCUAGCUCAGGUCACCUCGCUACUUAAAAAAAAUACUCAACAUACAGGUAAAAAUCACAGUCUGAUUUAUAAGUUAUUUUAGCGCAAAUUUUAGAACCAUGUUUCUGAUUUCCAACAUAUCAAUGACUUAUUUGACUCAAAUCAGUCUGGCUUUACAGAGGGGCCCUCUACUGAAACUGUGUUUCUUUUGGUAACAGAAUCUCUUUGAUCGGCUUGUCAGAGUUUGAUGUCUUGCCAUGUGACACCUACAGGAUCCACACUGCCGUAAUAUCGAAAACUCUAAGAGAACCAAACAUCCUUUUUUUCCCCCAAGGCUUGAAAGCCGUUGCUUAACGUGUGCAGUAGUGCUGUAGUGCCCUCCUAUGUGCUGAUCCUGCUAACAGGCUAACAAGAUGAAAAAAACAACAACAACACAAAAAGAAAAGAAACAUCUGAAAAAAUAGCCAAGUAAACAACAAAGGAAACAAUAAAAAAAGACAAAAAGCAACAACAACACAACAUUCCAAACAACACAAGAAAGUCAAGCAAUUAUUCAAAAUAAGAGAUUGAAAAAGCAGAGAAAUAGAGAGAAAUAAACAAACAAACAAAAAUAGAAAAAUACAAACAAACAAACUUAUCAAAGAAUCAAUACCACAAACAAAAACAAAAGUAAAGAAGUAACAACAGUGAAAGAAAUAAAAUUAAAAGAAAUUAAGGAAUAAACAAACUGAAAUGACUAAAAGAACAACAACAAACAUUCAAAUGUCUUAUUAGUCAGAAAAAAAAGACAACACAAAUCAAUGGAGCAAGACAAAACUAAUGACA